GAGGCGGGCGAGGGCCGGGGAGGAGGAGGGCGCGCCUAGGCCGCGGCUCUGAGGCGGCUCCUCCCGCGCCGGAGGGGGGCCUCUCCCUCGCCGCCCCCGACCGCUCAGCCCAAUCAGCUCCGGCCCGGCUCGGCCGGCGGCUCCUCCUCCCCGGCAGAGGCUUCCUUUCCCUCGAAGCCGCCGCCGCCGAGCGAGGCAGAGCUUUCGCCGGCCAGCCUGGGCAAGCGCCGACGCCGACGCCCGCCAUGGACGUCCAGCGGCUUUGCAGGGGCCCGGCCGGCUCCGAGCCCUUAUGGGUGAGAGAGUGUGGGGUGCGGGAGAGAGAUGGGGCAGCCUCCCCGGACCCAGAGGCCGGGCUUUGUGGGGCGGGAGGGGGGUCCCGCCUUGCCUGGCAGCGGCGAGGCAAAGCCCCUUUGUGUGCGCCGCCUUCCACCCUCAGCAACUGGGAUUCAGUGGGGAAACUGGGAGGGUGAGGACAAAGACACCGACCCCCCAUAUCUUCCCCUUUCUCUUUGCAUCUCUCCCUCCCCCGGUUUUAUUUUUCAUUGGUUUAUUACAGAGCUUGGAAAAGGUGCAGGGUUUUUUGUGGGGGGGGGUGUUUCUUUUUUUCCUGAUAAAUUUUUAUUUUAUUGGUGGCGGGGUGUGUGUUUAAAGGCAAGCAACAGCGAGGAGGAAAAGCUGCAAUGUUCGGGGAGAGGUGAUUUUGUGUGUGUGAACUCUGUGCAUGCUCUGGGGGAAAGGAGGUCUUUAUCCUGGCAGCUGUGAACUGCCCCCAAGACCUACAGGGGAAAGGCGGUAUGCAGAUUGAACAGGCCAAUAAAGAAUUGGGAGAUGAUCCACUUCCUUUGCCCGACUGCACAGUUCAACUAUGGAACUCGCUGCCACAAGCUGUGGCAAAUGGGGAUUGGAAAAAUUUGCAGGGGGAUAAAGCUGCCAAUGGCUGCUAGCCAUAAUGGUGGCUGUGCUGCUUCAAGGCUCAGAGGAGGCGCCAUGCGUCUGAAUUUUAGUCUCUUGGGUUACAGAAGGCCAGUUGCAAUUAUGUCCUACUUGUGGGCUGUUGGGGUUUCUAGUUGAUCCCUGUGGUAAAUGGGAUGCUGGACUUGGGAUGUUCUUACCCUGACUAGGGGAGUAACUCCCCAUUGAGGACACAGCAGGGCCUGCUCAUGAGUAAGCAUAUUUAGGAUUUGCACUGCUAGACAGCCACACUUCACACUCAUUAACCUGGGAGUAAGCACAGUUGCAUAUGCUUCUGAGUCAUGUGUGUGCAUUUUGGGCUCCGUUACUGUUUUUCUGCUGUCUUCUUUAGUCUGUAAUUUACACACACUGUAAUGCUAAGCAUGUUUACUUGGAAGCAAGUCCCAUGGAGCUCAGUGGGGCUUACUCCCAGGUGAGUGUGCAUGGGAUCAUAGUCUUUCAUAUAAGUGGGCUUAACAAAUUAUGUUUAAAAUUGCAUUAGAACAGUCAGCAGUCCCCCAUCUCCCUUCAUUGCCAUGAAUAGACUGUAUAAAACUCAUUCCAAGAUCCCUGCAUUGCAGGGGUUGGACUACAUGACCCUCAUGGCCCCUUCCAACUCUACAAUUCUAUGAUGUUGCCAACUGCUCACUGAAUGCAACCUGGAGCAAAGAAAUCAGGUUUGCACCCGCUCUGCUUUUGCCUGCUCUCAUUCAGGAUCCUCAGGUGUUCCCCUGGCCUGCUUCUAAACGUGAAACGGUUUUCAUAAAGCAGAAAAAGGGAGAAACAUGUCUGUUUUUUUAAAAUAUCUGUUGGAUCUGCUUUGCUGGGACUGGCCGCCUGGCAGUUGCUAUUGUGGCUAAUCUCUGGUUCAUCUUUUGUAGAAGUGUUUGCUUUUGUGCUGGUGUCAUGUUUAACACGUCACAUGGAAGCUGUGUGUUUCAGACGGCAUGUUUUACCCUCUUGCAAAACUUCAGAAGACGCCCUGAACUUGUUUUGCAUUCCAAUUCCUUUUUCUUGUUCUGAUGUGGCUUCUAUCCUUAAUGUGGUUAGGGUUGUCUUUGUUACGAAGCGAUGUAAACACACACACACAACUGUGUGCACCAACAGCUUAUAUAACAGGCCCACACCUAAGAGACUGUAAUAUUGGAGUACAGGGCAAGGAAGUGGUAAAUGCUGCUGUCUUAACUCCUGUUCCUUUUCUAAAAAACAAUGUUUUUGCUGACUUCUGCAUCUGUUCCUUUGGAUUUAAUUUCUGUGUGCAGAAGCUACUUAGGCUGCAAUCUUGUGUACCCUUAACAAGAAAUAAACCACAUUGAACUCUAUGAACUCAGACUUUUGUCUGAGUAGAUGUGUAGGUUUGCAUUGUUAAUGGAAGUUUCUUUAUUUCUGACAUACGGUAUAUUUGUUGGCACACGUGUUUUAGAGAGAAUCUGACACUUGGGGGCAAAUACUUUUACUUUUCUGCUCCGUACUUCAAUAAUGAGCCUUAAUGCUCUUGAGUGAUGCAGGUAUGUGAAGUGAAGUGGCAUGAUUCCAGUUCGGUGAAAGUUUGCAUGGAGAAAUUAUGUCUCAUCAUGACUUUCUCUUUAGAAUUUCGUAACCAGUGAAAGCUGGAGGUAGUUGGUUUUACCUGGUUCUUGUCAUUCGUGUAUUGUACAUUAAUAAAGUGGCUUUAUUAUUAAAUAAAAGGGGCCUUAUUUGCUUAAAAGCAUUUAUGCUGCAUAAUUUUUGUAAGCUGUUUGAGGGUUAUUUUUUUAAAACAAGCAAGCAGUAUAUAAAUUGCAUGAAAAAAUGAGCAAAAAUUUUUUUCUAAACCUCUAAGCAAUGUACAGUCUAAAAUAACAAAACUCUGUAAUUGAAACAAAAAAAUGCAGCCUAAAACCAGUAAGCAGCAGUAUGAAAAGGAAGUAAAACAGAAAUUCAGAAGAUUCAGACACAUGAAACAGAGUCCUAUCUUAUGGGCCAGGGAAAACCUGAAAAGAAAUAUCCCAUAAUGUGCCAUUUGAUCCUUCUUUAAAAAACAAAACUGGAAAAUCCAGGUGUUCAAUCUGGCACCUCAUAUAUGUAGAGCCCUCUCCCUUAGCACUGACUGUUUCCCUCCACUGUCUAAACCAGCUGUUCCCAAACUCUGGAUAAUUUUGGCCUACAACCCCCAUUGCCCCCAGUCACCAGUAUCAGCUGCAUGAGAGGACUACAGCUUCUAGUUUAGCCCUCCCCAACCUACUGCCCUCCAGGUGUGGUUGAACUACAGCUCUCAUUAUCCCUUCCCAUUGGCCAUGUUGUCUGGGGCUGAUGGGAGUUGUAGGCCAAAACCACUGGCGGGCGCCAUGUUGGAGAAGACUUGGUCUAACUUUGGAAUUGGGGCAGAGGCACCUUUCGCACGCACUUGUGUGGCUCUGUACGUUAAUUGCACUGUGUGAAAAAGGAGCCUUGCCACCACGAGGAAGCCUGGCACUAAUUUGCAUGCACCCAUUUGAUCUGAUGUAAAGCUGGGUGUGUCAACCUGCCUGCUCCUUUAGAUCAGCUUCUGAUGCCUUUCCCCAAGUGCAUACAUCCAUUCUUUGAAAGAGAUCAAGUUAGCUUUCGUCAACCUGGUUCCUUCCAGAUGUUUUAGACUAAAAAGUUCAAAUCAUUGGGGAAGGCUGGGUUAAGUUACCAGAGUGGUGCCUUGUCCUGUGUGGCAGCACCCUGUUUAUGAAACUCCCCCCUGGGACAUGGCAGUAAAUUGAAUGCCUGAUGUUUUAUGGAUCCAUUAAAGCAUCUGUUGGCAAAGAUUCCUGCUUUUUCACGCCUCCAGAGGUUGGCUCGAUGUCUGUUUUUCCUCCCCUUGCUGUUUGUACUCUUCUUGCAUCAGACUUUUGUGGGUGUUUUAUAAUCUGAUAUUCUGCAUGAGAUUUAAAUUACUUUGAUGGAAUAUUUUUUUAUGGGAAAUUUGGGAUAUAAAGGAGUUAAAUACAACAUUUUAUAGCUUACCAUUGGGGGCUACCAUUUUUAUGCUUAAGCAAGAACAAAAAAAGUAUUCAGCUGUUAGUAAGAUAUUGGUGGGAAAUUUGAGAGAGUGAUUAAAAUGGGCAUCUCUGUCAGCCACUUUCCUUUUUUUUACCCUGUGUAAAAACUUCCUCCAUGCUGAAAUUUUAAUAAUGGUCAUAAACAGGGUGGAUAAAAGUCAAUGAUUUUUUAAAAAUAAAAAAAUUAAUUUUUUUUUAUUUAAAUCAAUUUUUUAUUAUUUAAAUUGGAUUUUCAAAAUAAAAUGUUUUUGGAGGAAAAAAUAUUUCUAAAGAUAGUUUUCUGUUUAAGUUAUAUUAUAUUCCAAAGGGUAUUUAUCAGGAAAUAAGAAUUUGUUUUAAGUUUUUCAUGUGUGCUGAAACUCAGCCUAAGUUGGGUGUUUUGUUUUGUUUUGUUUUGUUUUGUUUUUUAAAAAAGUUUAACCACAUCAGUUAACAAACAUGGAUGCAUAUGCUAUAAUGUUAUUGUUUUAGUUAAAUAAAUGGUUUAAAUUGUUAUUAAGGAAAUGAUUAUUUUUCUCCUUCCAAUAAAGUACAGCAGAAAAGUUGUCCAAAUAUAAACAGUUAACUUAUUAAACCUCACAGUAAGUUCAUAAUUAUCUGUCUAUGUAUUUCUAAUAGUAUAACCAAAUCAGUAAUUUUUGAUAUCCCAGUAAUUGUAAAAACUACUCUGAAAAUUUAUUAUUCAAAAAAUGAAGCCUUCAUCUGGUUGUAAAUAUUAAUAUUAUACCAGCAGGAAUGUCUUUCUGUAAAAAAAAUGAUUUAAAUCAAGUCUUACUGACUAGUGAUUUAAAUCAUGAUUUAAAUCGAUUUGAUUUAAAUCAAAUCCACCCUGGUCAUAAGGGAAUUUGAGAAUAUGCCCAAUACUGUGGGUUACUGCUUAGGUAACUGGUUUGUCUGUCCUCAGACUUGUGCAAGGGUGUAUACAAUGGGGUUCCUCUCCCUCAUGCAAAUAUUAUGAUUUACCACUUGCUGUCUACCUGCAUCUGAAAAUUGCACAGAAGACUCUAUAUAUAAGUGAUCUGUCGCUGUUGGCUGAAUGAGCGUUCAGAGCACCAUUUGCAACAAGAAAGGAAAGAGGCCUGACUUACUGGGAUCACAGUGCCGUGUGUGUGUGUGUGUGUGUGUGCGCGCGCGCGCAUGGGGAGGCAUCCCUGCCCUGAGGUGCUUGCAAUUUCUAAGCCAAUAAAUAGGUUCUUGCUCUCCUGACUGGAUAAAGAACCAGCAGCUUUGACGUCUCACUUAGCUGCCCUUGUAAAGUCAGGAUAAGUUGUAGCUUGCUAUUUUGGCCGAAGGUUUGUGACUAAUGAAGGACUUCUGAAGGUUGGAACGCUUUGAUAACUGGACCCACCGGCUGGGAAAUAGUUAUUACACAAGCCAAAGUUGCAGCGGAGACUUGUUGAAAGGGAGGUUCCCUGUGGAGACUCAGAUUUUCCUAGAAGGCACUUCUUGUGUGUUCUGCCUUGCUUGCGAUGGCAGUGUUGGUAUUACUGUAAGGAAGCAUGCCUUAAAUUGGAUUCCAGUUGUGUGCAGCUAAACAAAAUUGGUAAGGGGUGUUUGUGCAAUGCUUUCUAGAAUACUUCUGCUAUGAGGCAGCUCUGUAAAUUAAGCCGGUAAAUAGAUAUGGGGAAAACAAAAUGUCACUUGGAGAAGGAUCUGAAAUAUUUUCCUGGAAGCUUGAAUUUGUUUUACAGUCAUACCUUGGUUGCAAAACGCCUUGGAACUUGUAUGUUUCGACUCCCGGACGAUCGAAAACCGGAAGUGAGCGUUCUGGUUUUUGAAUGAUUUUCGGAAGCCGAGCAUCUGGCGCGGCUUCCAGUUGACUGUAGGAAGCCGCGCCUUGGUUUUUGAAUGGUUUCAGGAGUCGAACGGACUCCCGGAAAAGAUUCUGUUUGAGAACCAAGGUAUGACUGUAUUCUGGAUUGUUUCCUUUGAUGUUUUAACGUGUUGUAAACCGCUUCGGAAUUUUUUUCUUUAAAAUAUAAAGCGGAAUAGAAAAGAAAAAAAUAAGAAAUAGAAAUUUCAUUGAGUGGGAAACAGUGCCUAUACUUUCUACUGCGGCACCAGUAACCCAUGUUUUAAGUUGGCCUGGAGCUUGGGGAAUUUCUAACACUGCUCCCCACUAGUAAUUUGCUGUUUACAUUCCUGUACCUGCUUUGAUUUUGGUGCGAAUUUGUGGGUUCCUAGUUCCACUGUAGAGCUGCAGUAUUAUGCACUCUAGGCUAGAAAAUAUAGGCCUACUUAAGCCAGUUAGAGGGGCAUGGUGUGGCACAAUUUGUGUCAUUUUUCUCAGCCUCACGGUCAGUGCUUUUUUCUUUUAAAAAAAAUGUUUAGGAGUACUCUUAUUUUCCUACUCAUAUGGAAAUACUGCCCCUCAAUGAGGCCAAACAUUCACAAAAUGUGUAGCCCUGCGUCCCCCCAGAAGAAAGCACUGCUAAGAGUAACUAUUAGCGUGCCAAGAGCCCAAAGUAUUCAUAGACAGAGGGGGCUGCCUGGUGUGCCUCUGUGUGACUCACUGCUCUGGUCUUCCUUUCUGUGUGCCUCCAUUUGGGACGGGUAAUUCUUCCUCCAGCCUACAUCCCGUGUGUUUGGAUAAUUCAGUCACUGCUGAUGCAGACAGCGAAACGAUCUGUUCUCCAUGGAGGCUACCUGUUGCCUCUCUGUAGCAAUUGCUGAUUUCAGAUUGCCUCCAUCUGGUUAGAAGGCAUCCUUCAGAUGGGUAACUCUUGCAGAGACAGGGAAGGUGGGCCUAUCUACAGAUGGAGAAUUCUUAGUCUUCCACACAAGUUAAUUGUUUCAGGUGUAAGAGCAUGUCUCUAACAUUGAUUUGCAAAACACACGAAGACCUAGAAGUUUCAAGAAUGCAGUCGUUGGAAGAAGCCUUUCAACACUGAGUUGGCUGUGGGCAGAAAGAAAGGGAGUUUAUUGUUUGUUGAAGGUCAUGCUAACUCCCUGCUAAGUUUCCUUUCUUAUAGUUUUAAGCAAAAGUUUCCAUCGGUGCAGUAUGUAAAGUCCAGUGUUUCUAGUUUUCAAUAUGUGUGGAUGUCCCUUUCCUUAUACUGUAGUAACUGAUUGAACAUCAUGCACUCUCUGUCUCACUUCUGUUUUUGGCUUUUUUCCAGAGUUUGACAAGAAAGCCAAAACCUUUAUCCAGUUCCAUUUAAGUCCUGCCUUGGUGGCCUUAAUUAAAGGAGCAAUUACUGUUUUCUGAUUCUGCUGUUUUGCCUGCUAACUUGUAGUCGUUCUAGUAAUGGUUGAAAAGAGAAUGGCUUUGUCCUGUGUCUCUGUAGGAAUGGAGCUGUGUGGCUGAUUGUAACAGCCUGAGUUCCAGUGAAAACAGAUAAUUCACCUAAACAGGCUCAAUUGAAACAAAUUUGAGCUGUGAAAAACUCAAGCCUCUUAGUGCUCUUCCCUUCCUGCCAGAUUAUCUCCCCACAUAUCAUGGGUUGCCAUCACAGUUUUGGAAAUUAUAGCUGAACUGCUGGGAUUGGGAAUAGGGCCAAUGGUUAAAUCAAUAAACACCUCUUCUUUAAUAAUACUGAAAGUUAAUAUGCAUAUGGGGAUAUGUGCCAGGCAUAUAGAAUUAUUAUAAGUUAUGCAAGUAUAUUGGAGGCUGAACAGGAGUUAUGACUGCGAUUUAUUUAUGGCGAGAAAGAUGAUUAAUUGGAGCGAAUGUGCCAUUUCUCUAGAACAGGGCAGUCCAACUUUUCUUACCAAGUGGGCCACAAGAGUUAUUCAACACAGAACUCUCGGGCCGCACGCUGAAUUUAAUUUCCCCCAUCGUAAAUUAAAAGGGUUCACAAUGUAUUUAAUAUACACAAUAUAUUUAAAUAUAUGAAUUUUUAAAAAUAUUAAACAGAAUUAAUACACAAACAGAUGGUUAGGGGAGAGGGACAUUAUGCUGGCCACAUAGCUGGGAUAGCUGAGUUUGCUAGAGCAUGGUGCUGAUAACACCAGGGUUGCAGGUUCAUUCCCCGCAUGGGACAGCUGCAUAUUCCUGCAUUGCACAGGGUUGGACUAGAUGCUCCUCAGGGUCCCUUCCAAUUCUACAAUUCUGUGAUUCAGGCAAUGGCUUUUUCCACCUGCCUUGCCCCACCCUCUAGCCCCAGGAGCCUGCAGAAGGGAACUGCUGCUGCAGGCAUUAUGUAUAUGUUUUGUUGAUUUUUUGAAGACCUGAACAGUGUGGAAGAUUAUGAGUCAUGAGGAUGGGGAGCGUGUUUGUAUGAAUUCAACAGUGCUUAGUUAACUUUUGGUUGUUGUUUGUUAAAGCUUUUAAUGCUGCUUUAUAGAUUAAGAAUGCUGUGAAUCCUAUACUAUGACUUUUAUUGUAAUUUUUUAUUGUAAUUAUGCCAUUCAGCUUUUUUUCGAGCUGUUUUGUAAAUAGUGUCUUAUAGAUUGUAAUUGUUUUACUGGUGUUUUCUUAAUUAUUCUAUAUGGUUUAUGUUGUAUUUGUGAUGUUAUAUUAGGUUAUUGUUGUUUAUUGUUGGAAAGCCAGUUUGUGGUUCACGUGAAUGAAAAGUGACAUGGAAAUAAAAUCAAUCAAUCAAUCAAUGACGCACACACACAAAAUAUAAUUUUAAGGCUUUAAGAUGUUUUUCCUUGAAUGUUGCCAAGGGCCUUGCGAGCUGGACCGCCCAUCUCUAGAGCUUUUGCUUUUGUUGAAACUGCCAAAUUCCUGGAGAAAACAUUUAACGGAUCGGCUCCUAUGUGUCUCUGCUAGAGAAUAUUUUUACUCCUCAAGGAUACCAUCUUCGCUUCUCCCUGGUAUUGUUAGUUAUAUUUAUGUUGCCCUUCCUUCGAGGAGCUCAUGGGGAUGCAUAAGAAAACUCCUCUACAUUUUAUCUUAUUUGUACCCUGCUCAGGUAGGACUAAGAGCCAAGAGAUUGGUCCAAGGUCACCUGGUGUGUUUCAUGGCUGAGUGGAGAUUUGAACCGGGUUCUCCCUGGUUGUGCUCUUCAUACUCUAACCACUACCCCUUCUCUGGUAAGCCUGGCAAGCUUCAGUAGUUGAACAAGUUUCUCAUGUAGGCAGAGAGCCAUGGUUGCAUUUGAACCUCCUUUUCCCCAAAGUGUGAGCACGAGGCACAUAUUGCUUGUGAGGCAUCUGAUCGGCCACUUUAGGACUGGGAUGUAGGCCUUGGUUCAACCCAGAACAGCUCUUUUUGUGGAUUUGUUUGUUGUUUAGUCAUUUAGUCGUGUCCGACGCUUUGUGACCCCAUGGACCAGAGCACACCAGGCACCCCUGUCUUCCACUGCCUCCCGCACUUUGGUCAAACUUAUGUUGGUAGCUUCAAGAACACUGUCCAACCGUCUCGUCCUCUGUCGUCCCCUUCUCCUUGUGCCCUCCAUCUUUCCCAACAUCAGGGUCUUUUCCAGGGAGUCUUCUCUUCUCACGAGGUGGCCAAAGUAUUGGAGCCUCAGCUUCAGUAUCUGUCCUUCCAGUGAGCGCUCAGGGCUGAUUUCCUUCAGAAUGGAGAGGUUUGAUCUUCUUGCAGUCCGUGGGACUCUCAAGAGUCUCCUCCAGCACCAUAAUUCAAAAGCAUCAAUUCUUCGGCGAUCAGCCUUCUUUAUGGUCCAGCUCUCACUUCCAUACAUCACUACUGGGAAAACCAUAGCUUUAACUAUAUGGACCUUUGUUGGCAAGGUGAUGUCUCUGCUUUUUUGUGGAUUUAGCACCCUCUUUACAACCUGUGCAGCCAUUUUCCUGCAUUUUACCUUAUAUUCAGAUAAGGUGCUGAACUUUUGUGUGCUUUUCUACCUCUGUCUCACAAGGAGAGAUCGGAAGCUUUUGCUUCCAUUUUCAGUAAGCAGCAGUUUAGUGUUUUGUCUGAACCCUAAACUGUGGUUAAUCUUAACUAUGGUUUGUUGUUAGCUGGCUUCAGUCAAACAUACUAAAGAAUUGCCACAUUUAUCUGGGUUUGGAUAUAGUGGUAAACAGUUAAUUUAAAGAUAGAAGCGAGUUUUCCCCCCUGAUCUUCCCAUGACUCCUCCUUCCAUACAGCAACAGACUUUCUACCCAACUCAUCUUUUUGUUUGUUUCCAUGGCUUAGUCAGUGCUUUUUCCCGCAGAUAUUUGUGACUCAUGAUUAUGAUGAAUGCUGUUCAAGGAGAACCAAAGUUUGGAACUGUUACUGCACAGUACUUAAAAAAAAUAUAUUAUUAUUCCUGUGACAUAAAAAUGCCUGGGCCAGCUCUGUUUAGGACAAGGCUGUUCUGCUUUUUGAAGUCAUGCAGGAAACAUCUCUUCCUGCCACGAGAAACUGCACAUAGCAAAAUUCUACCUUUUGCACCGCUGUUGGAAGGAAAACGUGGCCCUCCUGCCUUGCUUGACAUCCCUGAAAAGAGACCGCUGUUUAAAGGGCUGUAGUUUGUUCCAGUAACCUGCUGAAAUAGAAUGGGAAAGAAAAUCUGUUUACUCUGCAUUUGUGUGACCGACGCUGGAGCAAUUUGUUUGAGGACUGCCGCUUCUCUUUGGGAUUUAAAUGCUGAGAGGGUGCCUUCGCUGCCUGCUGGUGGGCCCUGUAGCCUUCUGACUCUGGCUAAUCAAUAGCACCGCUGUCAAAGCUGAUCUGGACAUUUCUCGUGUGUUUUUGGGCUGCUGAUCUGGUGCUCUCCCCAUGAAUGCUGUUUGCAGGAGGGGAAACGAGAGCGGUGGGGAAAAAGGCAUUGUUUGAAAAGGCCAGUGCUUUUAGUAUGUGGCACUAUGCACAGUAGUGUGGUGCGGGGGCGCUGUGGGUUAAAGCACAGAGUCUAGGGCUUGCCGUUCAGAAGGUUGGCGGUUCGAAUCCCCGCGAUGGGGUGAGCUCCCGUUCCUCGGUUCCUGCUCCUGCCAACCUAGCAGUUCAAAAGCACGUCAAAGUGCAAUUAGAUAAAUAGGUACCACUCCGGCGGGAAGGUAAACAGCGUUUCCAUGCACUGCUCUGGUUCGCCAGAAGCGGCUUAGUCAUGCUGGCCACAUGACCCGGAAGCUGUAUGCCGGCUCCCUCGGCCAAUAAAGCGAGAUGAGCGCCACAACCCCAGAGUCGUCUGCGACUGGACCUAAUGAUCAGGGGUCCCUUUACCCUUUACCUUUACACCCAGUAGAGGCAACUCUGCUAUAAGUUACAUUUGAGGCAAGCCUAUUGUUCACAUUCUCCUUGCAACUUACAGUUUUUGUUUUGUGGCCCCCCCCCCCAAAUUCCUUUCAUACACCCAGUAAAUCUUGCCCUUAAAACAAGCUGUUGUUUCAUCAGUUGCUUGGCUUUUACAACUAGCUUGCUCUUGGGUUCACAACUCCAGUACACCAUGACCCUUUCUCUAGGUAUUUCCCAUUUUUCCUUUCCCAAGAGGUGCCAUAAAUCAGGACACUUUGUGGAAUUUCCGUUCUGCUCAGAAGAGAGGAACUGUGCUCACUUAAUAAACGGUUUUCUACUUACCUGUACAGCCAAUGUGUCAGUAUCUUUAUUACUGACACAUCCAUGGAUUUCCUCUGAAUCUUGUGCCUGUUGGUUUUUAUUUUAGUGUCGGUAUUAUUUCCGCCUGUGGAACUCAGUGCAGCAUUUACAAGGGGCCCCAAGGGGUCUGUUGAGAUACUGAGCCAAACUCAGAGUUUCUUAGCUUCAGUGUAGUGGCUGCAUCAUGUGCCUUCAGACUGUUUUUCACAAUUUAUUUUACUUGUUUUCUCCAGUAAGCGAAUUCCCUUGUGCUUCUGAAUUGGGCAAGCUGAUUUCAAAUCUACUUUAUAAUAUAACUGCAGGGCUUAAUGAUGCACGAUGCGGAUAACAGUGUGAUUGCUCUUAUUCUGAGAUAAGUGAGUUGCUCUGAUAAUAUGUCCUAAUAACCUUGCAGAAAGAGAUCUGGCCGGAUCGGAUCAGAUAAUAAUGUUUGCCUACGUAGUUGAUGGUUGCUGCAAAGUACAUACAUGCAGGCUUUCUGAUAGUGACUUUUCAGUGUCCAGUGUCUGAUAUGCAAAAAAAUGUAGCUUACUAAUUCAGGUUACAUUUGUCUUCAAAGGAUUAAAAUUCUAGAAAUAACCUGUUGCGGUCUCCAUUGGUGCACACUUCUGUGGGCGGGUGAAAAGUAAUAUUAAUUGGCUGUUAAGCGUUUUGAACUCGGAACAGGCUGCUUUGCUUUGUCCUCCUUUUUGGCGUGGAGUUUUCACCCGAAAUUGCUUAUCUUUUUGAGAGUCUUUGUAGCAACUUGCUUGCUCUUUUCUAUUUCCUUUAGUUAAAACUGCAGAUUGCCAGGAUCUUUCAAUUUGGUGCUAGGAACACAGCAAACUUCUGUGUGUAGUUAACCGGUGUAAAAGCAAAAUAACAGUGGCAAAGGUUGUUUCGAGGUGCUGUUUGAGGUAAAAUGCAUGCAGCAGAUGUUCCUUGAUUUGCAGAGAUAGAUUUUCCAGGCAUUUUCUUCACAGGAGACCUGGUUGAAUUGCCGGUUGCUGUAAUUACCUGCAGGAUUUUUGCAGGGAGGGGGCGGCAGUGUUUGCCAUAGGGAUGGCACACCCUGCCGUGAAGUAGCAGCAUAUUGCAGUAAUUUCAUUUUCGAUGCAUUGCAUCUCGUUGCACAGUUAAGUCAUAGAAAAUACCUGUGGAAGAAGUUGGUGGGGAGGUGUGUAUGGUUUUCUCAAGGUGGUCAAAGUUUUUUGGAUGUGCCCUCAGAUGACCUUUAAGAUGACUCUGUUCAGGUGAGGAUUCUUCCUUGGGGAACCUUUCCGCAAGUCACCCACCUGUUACUUGUUGCCUCUGCUCCCCCCAAAUAUAACGGGGGUCAGAAGGGACCUGCUUUAAGAGCCGGUGUUUGUUUCGCUCCCGGGAUCCAUCCCAGGUUGUGGUAUUCUAAUAGUUCACAACGUCAGAGUUGGAGUGAAAUAUACCAAGCUCAUCCCACUUGAAUAAUCUGCUUUGUAUGCCAAAUAAAAACAUUAGUGCCUAGCAAAGCACUGCCACUAGUUAAUUAAGGCCAUGCUUGCACAAGCUGCAGAUAAGGUGGCAAGUCUGUUUCUGGGCAGUUAUCGCUUCAGGCUGCAAGUGGGAGUUUGUGUGGCUGGAUGCUUCCAUGUGAAGAAAAUUCCCUUUAUGUAGAUAAUCAGCUUGUUGAGAAAGCACACUCCAUGAUAAUCUUAUUUUCUCUCUCUGGGAUUUUUCUUUCUUCUAUAUAUAUAUAUAUAUAUAUAUAUAUAUAUUUAUAUAUAUUUCCCUCCCGCUCAGAUUUUGGAUGAAGGAACAUUGUUGUGUGAUUUCCCCUGCCAUGAACCUCAGUCUGAAGCAGCAGAGCAGAGAAAUGGGCUUCCCAGGUUGACGAGCUCCAUGUGCCCCUCACUUCCCGCUAGAUCAGCCUUUCUCAACUUUGGGUCCCCAGAUGUUUUUGGCCUACAACUCCCAUCAUCCCUGACCACUGGUCCUGUGAGCUAGGGAUCAUGGGAGUUGUAGGCCAAAAACAUCCGGGGACGCAAGGUUGAGAACCACUGCGCUAGAUCAUGUGCAGAAACUGCCUUCUUGACCGUUGGUCUUGUCUGCUCAAUCCACUGGAGCCUGUCUUUGCACGCAGGGGAAGUCCCUAACUCACUGAGGGUUUGAGACCCAUUGGGACCUCUCCCCUGGUUUAGCCGGCCAGUCAAAGCUGUUUCCCGGAACGUUGCUGCUGUUGCCUGCUGACAGCUUCUAGGAGCCACAGGUGAGAGCCGAGUGCAGCGUGGGGACCAAAGAUGGACAGACUACCCCAGAAGGAGCACAACAUGUCCCCGCCCCCACCAGAGGUACUACCCCUCCCCAAACACCUCAUACACAAAAUGUUUAUGGACUGAGGCUCUAGUCUGCUCCAACUCUCAUCAACCCAGCCAACAUGGCCAAUAGUCAUGGACCAUGGGUAGCCAAUGUGCCCUCUAGAUGUUGCUGAACUUCAGCUGCCAUCAGCCCCAGCCAGCUUAGCCAAUGGCCAGUGAUUAUGGGAGCUGCAGUCCAGCAACACGUUGUACUAGCCCAUCCUUGUACUAGCCCUUGAAAGCUUCUGCCAUCUGAAGACAUCUGAAGGCAGCCCUGUUUAGGGAAGUUUUUAAUGUUUACUAGACUAUUGUAUUUUAAUAUUCUGUUGGAAGCCGCUCAGAGUGGCUGGGGAAACCCAGGCAGAUGGGCGGGGUAUGUAUGUAUGUAUGAAUGAAUAAAUAAAUAAAUAUUAGUCUGUUGCAACCAGACUGCUGCUGUUUUUGGGUGCCUUUCCAAGGGAUGAAGAAGCAGGUGUUGACCCUAAGCUCAUUCUUUAAAUGUGGUGUGAGUUACCGGAUUAUUGCAGGAUUGACAGUGCGUGCAACUGCCCUGAAAGGCUAAAGUACUGAUAAUGCUAGCGGCAGUGGUGCGAAAGCUUCAGUAUCUCUGGAGGGCAUAGGAAAAGGCAGGAAGGGCAUCUGCCUCGUCUUCGUUAUGUUAAUUUUUAAAGUAAGAUCUGGUGUGGGGGGGGUGUAUGUGCAUCCUUUUGCAUGCUCAAUAAGCUUCCCAGAUUGAAAAGGCAGGUGCUCAAACGUCAGGCAUAGGCUGGGGUUGAAAGAUGCCUUGCUAUAUUCAGCCCCUGGGAAGGUUAUGUGAGGCUUCACUCGGUGCCGGGUUCACCCAGGGUCACCCACCGCCAAAUAAAAUGUGAGCUGUCAUGCCUUCACCCCUCCUCUACUUUCCAGAGGCUCCUCUUAACAUCUGCAGAGCUGUCAACAAAGGAGUGCAGAUUCAGGUCAUGCAAAAACGGCUUCCCGUCUCUUAUCUUUCCGUUGCCCCAUUGUGCAAAUAUAGUCCCUUGCAUUUGUCCUGCAUUUUCCUUCUUUUAGCUCUGAGCAUUCCUGUCUUUAAAAAUCUUCCCCCGCUUCCUCAUUUAACAAAGUCUUUGGUUUUCCCCUCCCCUUUUAUAUAAUUGCUGCAAUCACGUAAGCUGGGGCGUGCUUAUUCUGUGAGAAGGGAGCUCACAUUCUGGGCUUAAUCUCCCCGUGGAUGAAUUCUAAGCAGGUUGCUGGGUGACAGGCUGGGGUAUAAAGUUAUUAUUUUUAAUGGGUUGUAUCCUAUCUUAGUCCUACUCAGUGGACCCGAUGAACAUGGCUAACUUAGAUCUGUUGACUUCAGUGAAUCUGAGUUGAACUUGGCUGGACAAACUUGUUUUAUUCUCUACUUGAUCUCUGGAGUUUUUGUUCAGACCAGGAUUUCCUUUUCCCAACAGGGCAAGGGGCGGGGAGCUUGAUGGCAAGAGGGUGAAAUUGGUACACAACAGAACCAACGGUCUUAAAGCUAAGUGUUGAUAUGCUCUGUAACGUAAGCUGUGUGUUGCAUCACAAAUCCUGCAAGGAAUGCUGUAGGCGUGGGAUAGCAAUAGCCAAGAAGCCUUCACUGCAAAAGACAUGCGGUUAGGGGAGUGAAAUUCUAUACACGCUUUUAAGUCCUGUUGAACAUGAUGGGAUUUAUUUCAGUGUAUGCGUUCUUGGGAUCAGGCUGGAAGGCUUGUGAGCGCAGCACCCACCAUGGAGUGCAGACUUAACAAAAGCCGCAAGGUACUUUGUACUCUUCGUCCGAUGACUGAACUACAACUCUCCACUUAAACCAAAAGCAAAGCUGUCACCCAAAACCUGUGUGUUUGUAUAGAGAUUAUGAAAGCUACCAGGCUGUAUGGGUCUCUGAAAAGGUGGAGAUAUCAGCCCUGAUUUCCGAGAAGAAUAAACUCUGUUCUCAUUGCAGAGAGGUGAUCCUUAAAUGCCUUUUGCUAGAUGUGCUACGAAACUAUGAAAUUGUUUUAGAGUUGUUGUGUGUGUUUUGUAAUGGUACCGAAAUAGCACACUGUUAUUUUGCAUCAUUUAUAUACUCUCCUCCUCAGGUUCCCCAAGAAUUUGGAAUUUCUAAGCAGAGAACAGGAGAAUAGGGGAGCUAGGUGGGCUGAAGUGAUGGGAACUUGCAGAAUAUGUGCCUCUUCACCCAGGCUUUUCAGGGUGGCUGAUUUUGUUUUGACCACCUGGAAUUGAUGAAUUGCCACCACCUGUGCUGUCCUUUGGCCUGAUUUUAAUUUUUAAUUUUUCAGACAUAGUUUUCUUUGUGUUCAACUCUGGGAUUGCACAUAAUAAAAAAAUCAAAUAGAUAUCGACAGCCAUGAGUAAAGGACAAGGAGUUGCAUCAGGCACUGAAACCCUUGCCUUGUUACCAGUACAUCUCAGUCCCCAUCUUUGGGCACCAAAUUCCAUGCAUGGGACGGGACAGGAGACCAUUCUACACUGCAGACGCAGACAUCAUGUCCAGAACCCUUGUCUUUUUUCAUUCGGGAAGGUUUCAUGUACCUUCUUUACCCUGGCUUAUAGAAGCCUCAGAAGGUGUCUCCAUGAAAAACAAGAGUGAGUGUCGUGAACUGCCCUUUGAUCUUCGGAUGAAGGGCGGUGUAAAUUUAAUAAAUAAAUGAAUAAAUCUCUGUUGAAUUUUGAUCCAACUUCCCAUUUCCUUUGGGAAGGUACUUUCUCUAUUCUCACCAUCCCUCCUUCUGUUACGGUUGGCUUGCUGCUCAAUUGGGUGGGAGCUUCUUAAUCUUUUGUUUUUUUCCAUUAAAAUAGCUUUCUCUUUGCCCGCGCUCUGCUCAUAAUUAAAAAUAGCCAGCAAAUCUCUCUCACAGGGUUUUGGAGGGGCUACCGGGAGAGCUAAGCUAAUCUCGUUAGGGCAUUUCUGGCAUUGCUGUGAAGUAAUCGGAUGCUGUGUCAUGACAGGCGCCAAAAACUCAGUGGGUGCGAUCUGGAAGGCGCUUUUUUUGCUGGGCGUCCUCCCCUCGCUGAAAUCAGGCUGGUGCUGUGAAAUUCCUUGCAGCCUCUUGCAAUGCUGGAAGGACCCACAGCAUAGAAUUUGAUAGGCUUCAUAGAGAGCAGAGCUGCUUACAGGUGAAAUCUUGCAGGGUAGGAAGCAAUUGUAUUAUUACAGAGUUGCUGAACUGAGUUGGCUAGAAUCUUGAUAAUAUCCAUUACUGCCAAUUUGAUUAGCACUCUGGUGUGGCUUCUAGGUGUGCUUUUGAAGAUGCCAGUGUACAUUUGAAGAUGGGACAUGGGUGGCGCUGUGAUCUAAACCACUGAGCCUCUUGGGCUUGCCAAUCAGAAGGUUGGCGGUUCGAAUCCCUGCGACGGGGUGAGCUCCUGUUGCUGUGUCUCAGCUCCUGCCAACCUAGCAGUUCGAAAGCACGCCAGUUCAAGUAGAUAAAUAGGCGCCACUGUGGUGGGAAGGUAAACAGCGUUUUCGUGUGCUCUGGCUUCCGUCAUGGUGUCCUGUUGUGCCAGAAACAGUUUAGUCAUACUGGCCACAUGACCUGGGAAGCUGUCUGUGGACAAACGCCAGCUCCCUCAGUCUGAAAGCAAGAUGAGCGCCGCAACCCCAUAGUCACCUUUGACUAAGCUUAACCGUCCAGGGGUCCUUUACCCUUUUUUUUUUUUUUUUUUUUUAAAACCUUUUGCUUUUGAAGAUGCAGGAUGGUUUUCCCCAUGGAAUGCACAAACACCAACACCACCCUUCCCCAACUUGGUGACCUCAGGAUGUGUUGAGAUUACAGUUCCCUGCAACCCUGACCACUUAUUGGCUAGGGAAAAUGGGUGUUGGACCCAAACAUCUGAAGGGAACAGGUUAGGGAAGGCUGGUCUAAGCUUUAGCAUCCAGGUACACAAAUCCAUAAGAACAUAAUAAGUGCCUGCUGAAUCAGGCCAAUGGCCCAUCUAUUCCCACAUCUGGGUAGUCAUUGUGGCUACACAGAUGCUUAUGGACCCGGGCACAAGAACACUCUUCCCCUCCUGUGGUUUCCAGCAAGGGGUGUUCAGAAGCAUAUUGUUUCCAGGUUUGGGUGCAGAGCAUCGCCAUCAUAGCUCCUCCUCAUGUUUGACCAGUGCUCUUUUAAAGUCAUCCAAAUUGGGGGCCGUCACUGCCUCCUGUGUGUGAGAGCUCCAUAGUUUAUGCACUGCCUAAAGAAGUAUUUUCUUUUAUCCGUCUCAAAUCACCCAGUGUUCAUCUUCACUGCAUGUCCACGAGUUCUAGCGGUAUGCGAGAGGAGGAGGCAAACUUACUUUCUGUCUGCUACUGUUCUAUGCCACGUACAGUUUAAUCCACCUCGAUUGCGUCUCCUCUCAUUCCCAUCUGCAGCCAUUCCCCGUAGGGGAGCCACUCCAUCCCCUCGAUCACUUUGGUUGCCCUUCUCCAAACCUUUCCCAACUCUUACAAAUAUCCCUUUUGAGGUGAGGCAGCCAGGGAAAUGGUGUGAAUUGUCAUUUGCCCGAGUGGCUGCGACAAGUCAGAAUCGCUCUGUAGAUUACCUAGUAGGAAAGCUUUGCAAAACUCGGUGUUUCGUGUUUUUUUUCUUUUUUGGAGAACGGCUGUAGAUCAACAACAGAGCACCUGCUUUGUAUGCAGAAUGACACAGGUUUGUUUCCUGGCAACCCAACGUAGGGCUGGGAGAGAUUGCUGCCUGAAACCCUGGUGAGAUGCUGCCAGUCAGUGUUGACUGUACUGAGCUAGAUGGGCCUUUAAGCCCACUUGUGUUGUUGAUUGUUGUUGCUGUUUUUAAGCGACAAAAUAACUCACUUUAUGAGUGGAGCAGUGAACUUUUAGGUCAGUGUUUGGAGACUUGACUUGCACACGACUGGAGGAGCAUAAUGUUUCUGAGUUGGCAUGAACCAGACAGACAGGAAAACCACCAAGCAAAUGGCUUGGCACAAGCACCGUCUCAACAAUACAGCAGGUGACCCUGUUGCACCCAGUUUGUCUGGCCUCAGGCUAAUGAGACAGAGGAACAGGAAGUGAGCAGAGGAGCCUUCCUUAAAAGUUUUCUUGCCCAAAGACUGUGUCUGGUCUCAGUAACUUCGCCUUGAUGCUCCUUGCCUGUUACGCCAGAAACCCGAGAGUUAAAAAGUGGCUUUCAGAAACGGAAAACAAAUCUCGCUUCCAAAUUCUUCCUCUGUUUCCCCGAGCAGCAGUGAUAGCAUCAGUCCUGAGUAAAGUUGCAGCAUCUCAGUAAAAUCUAAUCUCUAGAUUAUCUCUUGUUAUUUGUUGACAAGAGUAUUGCAGGCAAUACAAAGCAGCAAACAGCGUAAAUAGAUAAGCAUUGGCACAGCCGUAUCAGUAAACAGUAAGCAAUAUAAAUUUGUCAGUCGAUAGAAGCAAAAGCCAUAGCAGACACAGCUAGCAGUGUGUGGCAGUAGCAGUGAAGGUAUAAGCAGCACAUGAAAUUCAGAUAUAGUUUCAAGUAUAAAUAGAGCCAGAGCAAGCUUAAAUAGAACAACAGAAGAGUAGUAGACACCUCCCCAGAAACACACAGCCACCCACUUGCCAGGAAAUGUAGUCCCAUGUCUCCAGCAAAGGCCCAGGCAAGGAAGUAAGAACCCUCUCCAAUUGAAAUAGAAAGGCGAUUGAAAAGAAACGUAGGAAGCUGGCUUGUAAGAGCUCAUUGGUGCAUUUAGUUUCUCUCUACACUGACAGGCAAUGGCUCUCUGGGGUUUCAGACAGGGAGGAAGCAUGCCAAUGCUAACUUAAUUAACUUAAUUAAAUAUAUCUGCUGACAAGGAGAUUCGCCUUCUCCUUGUUAACGGAAAAUCUGAGGGCUCCCUUGGACAAAAACAAAGACACCAACCAGAGCAAUUGGAAGCAAAUCAGCAGCCAGUAGGCUUGGUCUUUAUUGAAGAAAAGACUGUUGCAACAGGGUGUUCCCCUCACUUGCAGGAGAGAGGAAAAGACCCAGAAAGAUGGUGUGCAAGACCUUAUAAAAACUUUUGAAAUUCCCAUCCUCUAGGUCAAGCCCACCCCCAGAAACAUCAUGCAUAGAUUACAGAAAGGAGGGGUUGACAUCAUGCAUACAUUACAGAAAGGAGGGGUUGAGGGAGGAGUUGUGGUGGUAACCUGAGUGUCCUGUCACCUGGCUGGUUCCUCCUUUCCUCCCCCCGGCCCAUGAGUCACUUCCAGGAGACAAAGGGGAGUUGGCAGUUUCCUGCCCCCAGAGGGAAGAUCUGAUCAUUGUCCUUUGUUUCAGUCCAUGCUGAAUCCACUCCCAUAUGCAAGUUCUUUGUGAUCUUGAUGGUCUUCUGUCUAGGACCAUCAGGGUUGGCAUAGCAACUGGGCCGGGCUCCUGUGGAUGUGCUGGGAUGGUGAAGGGAUUAUGGCUGACCAGAACCAAGCCACCCCCCUUUGAUAGUCCUUGUCAUAUGGAGUAAAAUAAAAAUGGAACAGUGCAAAUCCAAUGUAUGGUUGAUUUUUCUAUGAAUUUAUAACAGAAGUGUGGCAUAUGUAGUGUGUGAGUGUGAGUGUGUGAAGUUUGUAUAAACUGAAUGAUUGGGGUGGGGGGGUUCCUGCUACAUCCUGACAGCAUCUUUUUUACCUUUAUCACCCACAAGGAAGGUAUUCAGUGGACGCAGCUCUCUCGCUUCCUCGCAUUUCCAUGCUGGAAAGAAAAUCUUCACUGCUUUUUGGGCUUCCUCUUUGCCCUUCAGCCGUUGUUAAAGGCAUACGUACCCCACCAAGUAGCAUUGCUUAUCAGCAGGACCCAAUCCUCAAUGUAUUUACUUUCAUUGACCUUUCAAUGUCACCACAAGAGACUAAUGCUACUGAUUUGUAUUACUGUUGUUGUUUAUUUGGCGGCGAUUGAUUGAUCGAUUCAUAAAACUUUUGUCCAAAUGGCAUUCCUGAGAUAGCUCAGUCGGUAGAGCAUGAGACUCUUAAUCUCUUGGUCGUGAGUUCGAAUCCCACAUUGGGCAAAAGAUUCCAGCAUUGCAGGGGGUUGGACCAGAUGGCCCUCAUACUCCCUUCCAAGUCUAUGAUUCUAUCCUGCCUUUUGAUUUGAAGACCCUCCAGGUGGCCUGCAAGAAGCGGGAACAGAGGGAACUGUCUUAUGCAGAGGCAAACCACAGGCCCAUGUAGCUUAGUAUUGCCUGCACCGACUGGCAGCAGCUCUCCAGGGUUUCAGGCAGGGAACAUUCACAGCCCCACCUGGAGAUGCUGAGGAUUAAACCCAGGGCCUCCUGCAAACUCUACAGUGUGCUAACCUGUUCCCUUCUUUUCUCAGGACUGGAAUUUAACAUGGUACACCGAGAACCCAGACUUCACCAAGUGCUUUCAGAAAACCGUCCUCACCUGGAUCCCUUGCAUUUACCUCUGGGCUUGCUUCCCAAUCUACUUCGUGUACCUCCAGCGCCAUGACAGGGGAUACAUCCAAAUGUCACAUCUCAACAAAGCCAAAACAGUAAGUGGUGCAUACAUGCUCCGAUGAAAAUAAGGACGUCCCAUUCCAUAAUGAUAAUUUUACUAUUUAGACUCCACACAUCUUACUGGGUUGCCUGGGUAGCGUCCAACAUAUAUAAAAACAUAAUAAAACAUUAAACAUUUUAAAACUUCCCUAUACAGGAAUGCUUUCAGACGGCUGGGGGGGGGGGGGCUGUGUCGGAUAACUUCCUACCCUCCAACAUUUCUCCAAUGAAAAUAGGGCCAUCCUAAGGAAAAGCAGGACAUUCCAGGAUCAAAUCAAAAACUGGGAUGGCUUCUCUUAAGCCCCUGGAAAAUAGGGACACUUGGAGGGUCUGUAUGAUAUAUAUGAAAGCUAAAGUCUUCAGAAUCAAUUGUUCCACCAGCCCAGUCCAUUCACAUGCGCACACAAAGCAGCUCCAUAUAAAAUGCUGCUAAGAGACCUUCUCCCAAUUCUAUGUUUCAUGAGGACCAUUUAUCUGAAAAUGAUCUUUUUUCCCCUUCCUGUUUCAGGCCUUGGGCCUCUUAUUGUGGAUAGUCUGCUGGGCAGACCUUUUCUACUCUUUCUGGGAAAGAAGUCACAACAUUUUCCGAGCUCCUGUUUUUUUAGUCAGCCCUACGAUUUUGGGCAUAACAAUGGUGAGUGAAAAUGAUGUUUUAUUCUUCUGCAGCUUCAUUUUAGCGGCAGAACUUGUUUUGUUUGUAACCAAGGACAAUGGGGACAGCUAAAACGAACCGUUUCCACCUGUAGGAAACCUCAUUAUGCUUGUGUCCUGAUUGUAAAUCCCGGCAGUAGCUUGUUGCUGCCUUACUAGAUCGGAUUCCUGCAGAACUCCUGAUCAGAGAACCAAGGAGGAAUGGUUUCAAAAGUUAAUGGACUAUGCGGAAAUGGCGAAAUCUGAUGCACUACAGCGGAAAUAGCGAAAUCUACAGUGAUAAGAGACCAACUGUUUAUGGAAGAGUGGAGACCCUUUUCGGACUAUUUGCAAUACUGUUAUAGUCAAAUGAAAACACGGGCAGGGUUCGAAUCACAAGUGCAGAAUGAAAACAAUGAUAAGUGAAAUAGAAGAUAAUUGUAUUAGAUUAAAGUUUGUCAUAUAAAGCAGUAGGUAUAAGGUGGAAAUAAAAACAUCACUGGAGUAAGGGUGGGAAGUCAAAAUUUUAAGAAAAACAUAUGUUGAAAUAUAAGUAAAUUUUUAAAACCUGUGAAAAUCAAUAAAAACUAUGUCUUAAAAAAAAAAAAAACAGUCCAAAAUACAAUCUUGGAAGUCAAACGGAAUCUGUUCUGGAAGUCCAUUUGACUUCCAAAACAUUCGGAAACCAAAGCGUGCUUCUGGUUGGCUGCAGGAAGCUCCUGUAGCCAAUCGGAAGACGUGGAAGCCACGUCGGACGUUUGGCUUCCAAAAAUAGUUUGCAAACCAGAACAGUCACUUCCGGAUUUGCGGCGUCCGGGAGCCAAAACGUCCAGGAACUAAGCUGUUCGAAAACCAAGGUACAACUGUAGAUCAAUAAAUAUCAUAAAGUUGGGAGGUACCCUGAGAAUCAUCUAGUCCAAUCCCUUGCAAUGCAAGAAUAUAUGACUGUCCCAUAUGGGGAUCAAACCUGCAACCUUGACAUUAUCAGCCCCAUGCUCUAACCAACUGAGCUGUGUCCAAGGGGAGGAUUUGUGGCCUUGUUCUCAUUUUGCUUUGCCAUCAUCGUUCUGAUGGAACAGUAAUCUCCUGCCCUUUGAUAUCUCCACAGCUGCUUGCCACAUUUUUGAUACAGUACGAGAGGAUGAAAGGAGCCCAGUCUUCAGGAGUCAUGUUGCUCUUCUGGCUUAUUGCGCUCCUGUGCGCCACCGUAACUUUUAGAUCCAAAAUUAUGCACGCCUCGAGUACGGUAAGCAGCCUCCGCUAAGCACAGAUGACUCUUUCAAAUCGUGAAGGGAAUCGGUUGCUUGUUUAAUGAUUAAACUCGGGAUUUUUCUUGGCAAUCUCUGCAGCCACACAAGUGAGUUAAUGACCCAUUAAACCUCAUUCCGAAGCGUUAAAGGCCACUAAAGUGUGCUCGCUUUCCUUUUUUCCUUUUUGUUUGAAACUCAAAUCAAAGCCUGGAUGAGCUUGUUAAGGGACUAUCAAAACGGCCCUGCAGCCUCCUUGGAAAUGCAGUUUAGAGAUACACACACACACACACCCCCGACCAAAGCAGUGGGCAGCGGCUGUUGAAAGAGCUGGGGAAAUGUUUUGUUCUUUCCCCUGAUCAUUAUGCAGAGAAUUUUCUGUGUUUUUAUUUUUUUAAGAUGUGUUAACUAGUGUGCGCAUGCGGAUGCACAUUCUAGCACGCUGUAAAACGCAAACAUUUCCAUUUGCUACAGCUUUUUUACAUUAUUAUUAUUAUUAUUAUUUAUUUCCAUACCACCCAUCAUAAGCUCUCAGGGCAGUUCACAGAAUAAAAUGCAGGAUAAAAACAAGUAAAUAAUGAAAAACAAAACAAGGCUUGAGGAAAUGGUUCGUUCUCAGGUGUGUGCAGAGCUGCCUCUGAACAUGGCGAGUCUAUAGAUCAGGGGUCAGCAAACUUUUUCAGCAGGGGGCCGGUCCACUGUCCCUCAGACCUUGUGGGGGGCCGGACUAUAUUUUUUGGGGGGAAAUGAACAAAUUCCUAUGCCCCACAAAUAACCCAGAGAUGCAUUUUAAAUAAAAGGACACAUUCUACUCAUGUAAAAACAACAGGCAGGCCCCACAAAUAACCCAGAGAUGCAUUUUAAAUAAAAGGACACAUUCUACUCAUGUCAAAACACGCCGAUUCCCAGACCACCCGUGGGCCGGAUUUAGAAGGCGAUUGGGCCGGAUCUGGUCCCUGGGCCUUAGUUUGCCUACCCAUGCUAUAGAUUGUCAUGGAAUAAUAGCCAUUGGAAUCCCCUUCUCUUCCUUCUCAUUGGACUUCUCUAACCUCCUUCAAAACCUUCUAAAACUGUGGCAGUCAGCACGUUUUACGGCAUACCAUAUUCCAUAAUGUGUGAAGACGCCCUUCUUUACCUCUGCCCCGAAUCUCCUCCAAUUUCGUUGGAUGCGCCCAAGUAUUGAUGAGAGAUUUUUCUCCAUUUCCUUUCUCUACAACGUACGUUAUUUUGCUGGUUUUUGUCAGCCCGCUAACUGCAGCAUUCAAUGUCUUCUUCUAGGGUUCUGAAGUCGAUGUUUUUCGUUAUAUUACAUUCUACAUCUAUUUCACUUUGGUGCUGAUCCAGCUGAUACUAUCCUGUUUCCCUGAGAGGCCGCCUUUGUUUUCGGAAACAGUUCAUGACCCUGUAAGUAAUUUUUCCGUGGGAGGUGCCUCUCUGAGGGACGCCUGGGAAUUUGCUUAAGUAGAUUGCUUCUAAUAAUUUUGUGAUUGAUUGAUUUUCAAUUUUAUACAUUUCAAUAAUUUUAUACUCAUUUUAACAUUUGAAAACUUGACUUCCUUCCCCUUUUUUCUGCGGUUCCUUAAAUGUAUUUUUUAACAUAUUCUGCAUAUCCAAAUUACCGUAACUUAAUUUGCUCUUUUAUUCAUCCACUUUAAAUAUAUACUCCUCUAAAACUGCAGGCUAUUACAGUAAUCCUGCCAGUGUUCUUACCAGUUUUCUUCUAAUAAUUUUGUUUGACCAUAUUAUAUGCAAACAAAUUCUUAAAAUAAGAAUUCUGGAACUCUCUUCUUAGAGUUUCUAGAAAGAAGCAAGUUUAUUGGCCAAAUUGUUGGUGGUGGUUUUAUUUCUUAAAGGUCAUUUUCUUCCUAUUUUUCUGGUCCUAUAAAUACUGCAGUGUGGAAACUUGUGUGUCUGUGUAUCCUAAACUGUUGUUCAAAAAUCUCUGCAAAGACGCUCACGAACCGGGAAGCGGUCAUUUCUGCUAUCUCGUUUGUGCACAGGCCUUCUCUCUGUUUCGUGGGAUUAGCACCAUUUCCCCGGCUUGACAGUUGUGAUUUAGCUCUUAAUUAGGUCCAUAGUUGUGAGUUCUUAUUUUUAGACAGUGAUGUACCUUGCGGACUUAAAUGGCCUCUGGUGGUUUAUGUAUUUGCUCAGCCAGACCAUGAUACUGAUUUUAGUGAACAGGUGAGCUGGUUUGGGAGUUUGAGCUGGGACCGAGCGGCGGAAUAAAACUGGAAAAAGAAGAGCAGUCAGCGCUAUUCAGCUUACUUUUCCUGAUAGUAGACUAGCUGAAAUCAACGUACCUAACUUAGUCACAGUCAUUAAUUUCAGCAGGUAUACAGUCGUACCUUGGUUUUUGAACAGCUUAGUUCUCGAACGUAUUGGCUCCUGAACGUUGCAAACCUGGAAGUGACCGUUGCAGUAUGCAAACUAUUUUUGGAAGCCAAACGUCCGACGGGGCUUCCACUGCUUCUGAUUGGCUGCAGGAGCUUUCUGCAGCCUAUCAGAAGCCGCACUUUGGUUUGAACGGACUUCCGGAACGGAUCCUGUUCGACUUCCAAGGUACAACUGUACUUUGAAUAAAAGUUACUUGCAGACCACCCAUAAGAAUCUGAUUUAUACCAAGACAGGCGCAUUGGUCCAUCUAGCUCAGAAUUCUCUACACUGACUGGUAGCAGCAGCAGCAGCAGCAGCAGCUCUUCAGGGUUUCAGGAAGGAAUUAUUUACCAACCCAACAGGAGAUGCCAUUGAGGGUUAAAGCUGGGACCUUCAGCUGUAGCCAGCAGCGGCAUUCAGACACACACGAGAACAAACUUUUGGCUUGCAUACACUCCUCCUCCCUUGCACACAGUGGCUCAGUUCAGACAACGAUUCUCCUUCCCGUUGCAUGCUGGUUUCAGCACACUGUCACUGGGUAGCUCAGUUGGUUAGAGCGUGGUGCUCAUAACGUCAAGGUUGGAGGUUCAAUCCCCAUAUGGGACAGCUGCAUAUUCCUUCAUUGUAGGGGGUUGGACUAGACGCAGUGGUUCUCAACCUGUGGGUCCCCAGAUGUUGUUGGACUACAACUCCCAUCAUCCCUGAGCUCUGGCUUUGAUAGCUAGGGGUGAUGGGAGUUGUAGUUUAACAACAUCUGGGGACCCACAGGUUGAGAAAGGCUGGACUAGAGGAUCCUUGAGGUCCUUUCCAACUCUACAAUUCUAUGGUUCUAUGAUCCUGGCUUUUAUUAAGCCAGAGUUCCCUGUUAUAUUUGAAAAAGGGGAACUGUGGAUUAAUGUCAGCAGGUUAACGAAUUAGGAGAAAUAAGCCAGGAUACCCUGGAAUGAUUGCCCAUCCCAGCCACUGAUGGAUGACUUCCUGGUUCGGUAGCAAUUUAUAGUUUCCCAGUUCUUUCAGUUAGUAAACUAUGAAACCAGGUUUGAGAAGCUGCUAAUCUCAGGGUGCCAAGAAAGAACAGCAUAUGUGAGCCCAAUAUUCCUUUCGUCUUAUUUUUGUUAUGCCCAACCACCAUUUGAUGUAGUGCUUGAACAACCCCUGUAAUGGGUGCGAAUUCUUACAGUAGCCUUGUCCCUGUAGUGCUGCUGGCUGAUUGCACACUGUGGUAGAACACUCUUCCUAAAUGGAAACUAUGGCAAACAAUACUCUUAAUAGGUAAACAAAACAAGUUAGCAGUUAUUCAGGUUAAAAACUGGAAAUGACUUCUAAGUUAGAAAUGUUCUUCAGAAGGAGAGGCCUGUGUUCAAAUCUUACCCACUCUAGGGACUUGCUUUCAGUUCCCUGUUUGUUAGUAGAGAGCUACCUCACCCUAGUGGUUUAUGGUACUAGAGAUUAUGGUACUUGUUGCUGCUGCUGCUGCCCAUUUAGAGUUAUAUUAUUUGAGUAAUAUAUCUUAAUGAAGACUCUAAUGAAUGGUAACGUAAUCCAAGGCAGAAUUAGCUUGGAACCUGAACUCGGGUCUUUUUGGUUACAGCGACUGUUUUGUCGUGAAUUGAUUCAUUUCAAAGGGGGUGCAUUUCUUCCUAACAGGAAUGCAGUCAGUCAGAAAGAGCAGUCAAAGCCCUUCAUGGUGUUUGACCUGUUGCCACUGACUUCUGCCAACAUAAAUAUUUGUCUUCAGCCUAUUCUCUGCCUCUUUUGAUCUCUGGGGCAGAUAAAAUCUUGCUCUCUGGCUCUUGCAAGUAGCUUAGUUUUGAUAGAUAGCAAAAUGCAGGUGGAGCUGGCAAGCAGGCGGCCCCGGCUCCCCUUCCCGUUGUGCCUGUUCAUCCUUUCCUCAGAUCCAGAACUGAGAAUCUCACUGCCUUUAAGCCAUAUUCAUCAAUGGCCACUGGCUGUUCUGGUAGUUCAGAGGGGUUUCCAUGCAGAUCUGCUUUCUAUUAUUUUUGGGAGUUGUUCAUAUGGGUGUUCUUCCAUGGAAAACUUGAGCACACGAAGGAAUGCGAUAAUGCGGGAAGUGCUUGGCUUCUAUACUUCACAACAACGCACUUGGUAACCAAGAGGUGGUUGUGCCGGCUGUGCCAAAGUUAGGAGAGGAAUCGGGGAGAUCCUUACGCCGCCUCCUUGGCAUUCCUUUGGAAAUAAUAAUCAUGGUCGGGUGGGUGGUAGCGGCUGCUGUUUCCCCUUGCUUUUAAAUCAAAGCAUAACUUGUGCCUGGUUUCAUCCGUCUGAGAUGAUACAUAAGAGCAUAUUGGCUUUUUUUUUUUUAGCUGCUGCUUUCCGCCUUCACCAGAGGGCGGGGACCACCAUGCCUCAAUGUGUUGUUUUUGACCUCGCAAGCCCUGCCAUAUGUAAACAGGCUUCCAGACGCAGAUGAUUAAUAGGGCAGUUGGGGCUCCAGCGGCUGUUUGAUAAGUUAGGGACACUCUGGACUGUUCAGCGGAAAGCAAGGACAGAGAGUGCCUUGUCUCCGGCCCGAAGAAAUAACUUUAUAAUGUGUUGUGUCCCUGGGCCAGGAGCAGUGAGUUCUCGCUCGGCUUGGCUCUUUGUGGCCAAAGCAGCCCUCUUCCCUUUCCCGGACCCAGCCGAAUUCCUGCAGGUGGUGGUGGUGAUAAGAACAGGCCAAGUGAGGUAGUCGUGAAGCCAAGAGGCCGAGACAGGUUCAUGGUUGCUGGGAUUGGGGUGUUGGUGGAAGCUGUCUGGCGGCAAAAGCCAGCCAGGGCUAGAGAGCGGCAGGUUGGCAAAAGCUGGCAUAUAAGUACAGUAGACAGCAGUAGAAAAAAGACAGUCACGGAACCGAGAAAUGAAAUACCGUGAAAAUCCCUGAAACGAGAAGUAGUCGAUUAGAAAUAUUAUUUUAUGGAAAUGGACUAAAUAAUAAAAAUCAAAAAGUUUAAGGGAAAAAAAUGAGAAAAACCUAAAAUUGAACAAAGCCUUAACGGGAUGCUGGCUACAAACCUCGUUUCACUGAAUUAUUCAGUUUCCUCAGAAGGAAAUAGAAAAAUCAUAAACCUUAAAUGACCUUUGCUUCACCUAGGUCAAGCUAGGAUUAUAAUACUUCAGAAUUUUUGGGAGUUCUACCCCCUUUCUUUGAGUUUUGGUCAUUUAAGGUUUAUGAUUUUUCUGUUUCCUUCUGAGGAAACUGAAUAGUUCAGUGGAACGAGGUUUGUAGCCAGCAUCCCGUUAAGGCUUUGUUCAGUUUUAAGUUUUUCUAAUUUUUUCCUAAAACUUUUUGAUUUUUAUUAUUUAGUCCAUUUCUACAAGAUAAUAUUUCUAGUCGAUUACUUCUCGUUUCAGGGAUUUUCAUGGUAUUUCAUUUGUUUGGGGCAUAUAGUAGACAGAUUUUGCAGAACAGAAAGUAUAAGCUUUCUCAUUCCCGGGGAAAGGAACUUGAGCAAGUGCCACUGUGGGCUUUUGUGCUCACCACUCCAGGAAGGGAGCGCAAACCAGGAUUGGUGCGAAGGGCUCUCCUCCUUGGCAAUGUGCUCUUUGUUGAAGUUGGCGGCUGCUUUUCAGCUCUGCGGUUGGGCGUUGAGCUAGAAUGGAAGUGAGGGACUGAGCGAUGUCUCACCACCCGGGAGACUGCCCUUUCCGUAACCCUGACUUAAUGUUGUAUAAUUGGCUGGGCCUUUAAUCUGUUGGGAGGGACUGAGACGCCGAAUAUUUUCUAGUUUGGCUGCGGGUUUGGCUGGGGAAGGGAAAGUUUUUCCUGAUAGCUCUAAUAAAACCGCUGACGUCCUUGCCAUAUGUGUGCUAAGGUGUUUUUGGAGCCAAGCAGCACUGAUUCCAAUUGACCGGAAUAUUUUUCGGUUUGUGGCAGGAGGAUUUGAGCGAAGGGCAGUAUAGCUCAGAGACAGAGCCAGCUGUCCUCUCCAGCUAAAGACCCCUGCCUGAAAUCCUGCAGGAGUUCUACCUGUCGGCAUAAAUAAUACUAGCAUCAUCAUCAAUAAUAAUAAUAAUAAUAAUAAUAAUUUAUUAUUUGUACCCCGCCCAUCUGGCUGGGUUUCCCCAGCCACUCUGGGCAGCUUCCAUAGAAACCAAAAAACACUAAAAUAUUACACAUUAAAAACUUGCCUGAACAGGGCUGCCUUAAGAUGUCUUCUGAAUGUCAGGUAGUUGUUUAUCGCUUUGACAUCUGAUGGGAGGGCGUUCCACAGGGCGGGCGCCACUACCAAGAAGGCCCUCUGCCUGGUUCCCUGUAGCUUUGCUUCUCGCAAUGAGGGAACCGCCAAAAGGCCCUCGGCGCUGAACCAUCCAGGAUUUCAAUUGGGGGCCUUUAGCUGGAGAUGUCAGGGUCAGCCUUGGGACAUGGUACAGGCAAAGGAGGUGCUCUGAGGCAGCUUCCUGUGUUCUCGAACAUGUUGUUUAAAACUUAGAGUCUAAUUGCAGAGGCAGGGAGUGGGGCCUUGCAGCUGAGAAUUAGCUAGUGGCUCCAAUUUGGGGUUUCAGCAUGAUAAAACCUCACUCCCCGUCCCAAAUCUGGUACUUCUCCCUAUCGCUGUUAGAGAGCUCCAUUUGAAAAUGUUUCUCAUGCAUUAUAUACAAACACACGCUGGGGUUUUGUGAGACGCGCCAUCUACGUGCUUGGUUUUAAUUUGGCACGCAUUAUUGAACUGAAUUCAUAAUGUUAAAUGGGAACCCUUAGUGUUUGUGUGCAAGUUAGCGUGUAUAAUACGUCUAAAAUUCGGGAUGGAAAUGAGAAACUAGGUGUGGCAAGCUUUGUUAGGAUUAAAAAAAAAGGACUUGGAUGAUACAUUCUGCAGAAAAGCAGAAAUAUUAAAUCUGAUUUGUAACAGUUUGAAUAUUUUUCACUCCUUAGAAUCCCUGCCCGGAAUCCAGCGCUUCUUUUCUGUCCAGGAUCACAUUCUGGUGGAUCACUGGGUAAGAGGACAAAUGGUUCACAUUUGAGCUCCAUCAACCUACUUUCCCUAUGCCUGUUUAAGGUUUGCUCGAGGCUCUGUUAUCCAAUAUGUCAAAGUCAUAUUGGGUGCUGGCUCCUCCUUAGAAAGAAAUGAGAAACAAAACGGUUGUGUAUCAAGAAUUCUAAGUGAAAUAAAGCAAUGACCAUAUGAAUAACAGCAUAUUUGAGGGGUGGAGCAUUGAAAUUCUCAAAGACAGUGGGCUGGCUGUUUUCUUUCUCUCUUUCUCUUUCAUUCUCUCUCUGUUUUCCUUCCUUCCUCUUUUCUUGUCUAAGGCAGGGAUGGGGGUGUCCUUGACCACUCCCAUCAGCCUCAGCCACGAUGGCCAUUGAUCCGGGAUGUUGGGAAUUGUAGUCCAGCACCCAUCUAGUGGAGCUUAAGUUGCCUGCUGGUGGUCUGAGGCAUUCACCUAUGUUUGCAUUUCACAUGAGCUGCGCUUGUGCGCCUUGUGGCUUAUUAGUCCCAUGUUUCUGCUACAGAAAUACUGAUUAUAUAUACUUGCAGUUCUCCGUAAGUGGUUUUGUCACUGGACGUUGCCCAAAGCAAUACACAAUAUUAUUAUUAUUAAAAAGCAGCAUUAAAACAAAUACAGUGGUAACUCUAGUUGCAUUCACCUCCGGUUAUGUAUCCUUCAGGAUACGUAUGUGGCAAACCUGGAAGUAUUUUUACGAGUUUCAUUGCACGCGCAUGCACAGAGGUGCUGAACAGCGCCAUGUUCAGAAGCGGCACCUCCGGUUGCGAAUUCCUCGGGAUCCGACCAGACCUAUGGAAUGGAUCGCAUGCGCAACCGGAGGUACCACUAUACUUAAAAAACAGCAACAGCAGCAUAAAUAUAAUAGAAUUUGAUAUAAAUACAGUUGUGUAAAACAACAGUAACCAGGUAAAGAGUUCAGCUGAAUACAGCUGAAAGAAAGCUUUUUGUAUUUUUGUAAAAUAGACGCAAAGCAAAAAAAAGUUCCACUCUAAGGCGAAGCUGAUCUUGUUUCAAGGAUAGAAGGGACCCUGAGCCACAAGCUACCCAUGACUGGAGAAGAAUGGAGAGCUUUUGAGGGAGGCCAUAUUGUUCUAGGGAGAGGGAUUAUAUCACACUAUAAAACCAUGAUGCCAAUUGGUGUGCUAUUCAGUAGAGGAGAAAUUGCAGCUGUUUCUAUGACUUUUGGCUUGCAGGGAGGAGGGCCUCGGUUUUCUGAUUUUCUAUGCACUCUUUGACUAACUGCUGCACAUUUUCUAACGUAGGUUGAUGAUUCAAGGAUAUCGGCAGCCGUUGGAAGCGAAAGACCUGUGGUCGUUAAACAAGGAGGAUACAUCUGAAGAAGUGGUGCCUGGUAUGGUUCAGAACUGGGCGAAGGAGUAUGCAAAGGCAAAAACGUAAGUAUUUUAAGUUUACCGUCAGUGUUAAACUACUAAGAAUCCGAAGGUGGGGAGACUGUGUCUGCCAGAUGUUGCUGGACUAUCAUUCCUUGUGCUGGCUGGGGCUUGUAGAAGGUAAUGCAGAUCAUUCUCUGUACAGUGGUGCCUCGCAAGACGAAAAGAAUCCGUUCCGUGAGUCUCUUCGUCUUGCGGGUUUUUUCGUCUUGCGAAGCAAGCCCAUUAGCGGUUUAGCGGAUUAGCGCUGCAGUAUUAGCGGGCUUAGCGGAUCAGCUGAUAAGCGGCUUAGCGAUCAGCUGUUAAGCGGCUUAACGAUCAGCUGAUAAGCGGCUUAGCGAUCAGCUGAUAAGCGGUUUAGCGGCUUGGGAAAAAGGAAAAAACCCCGCAGGAGCUCGCAAGACAUUUUCGUCUUGCGAAGCAAGCACAUAGGAAAUUCGUUUUGCGAAGCACCUCCAAAACGGAAAACCCUUUCGUCUAGCGGGUUUUCUGUCUUGCGAGGCAUUCGUCUUGCGGGGCACCACUGUAUAACUCCACUGAGGUUUCACCUUUCGUUUUCUCCAUAAACUUCCUUUCUACAACAAAGUCUCUAAAACAGAAAGAAUGAAGGGGGGGGGAGCUCCUCAACUGUUUCUGUCCUGGCUCUGCAAAAGGCGAGAAAUGCUUGGUGAGCCCAGGAGAGGGGAGAAGGCAAAAAAAUCAACGAGUAGCUGAAUUGCAAGCCCUGCCUUGCAGCUAUUCAGAGCCUCAGACUCCGAAACGCAGUUGCACGCAGGCAGUUCCAAAAUUGACGGAUGAUUUACAGCAGGGGUCGGAAGAGUUUUUGUGGCUUGGGCCUGUUCAUGGUCCCGCAGACACUGCAGUGGGCCGGAGCUUCCUGCAGCCAAUGGGAAAGCCGGCCAGUGUCGCGGAAGGCGGUCCCCGCUCUGCUCUGCACCGAUUUAGUGUCGUGCAUGGGAGCCGACUGAGUGGGCAGCAGGGGUCCCUGAGCAGGCAGCAGGGGUCCAUGGGCCAGUUAAACGACCCCCGGCCUUAGGUUGCAAAUCCCUGAUUUACAGCAUAUUUGCAAGGAAUGCAGGCCUGCUUCUCUGCUGGGGCAUUUCCCGCCUCUUCUUUGACCUUCUUGCAGAUGCAAGACUUUGCAUAACUUCAAAACCCAUUUGCCUCUCAUUUAAAGCAGCCAGAUGCAAAAGAAGCCAGGGUGUGUGCACCUUUAACAGAUUAUUAUUAUUAUUAUUAUUAAUUGAAUUUAUAUACCGCCCUAUACCUGGGGCGUCUCAGAGAGUAUUUCAGCGAGCCUAGCCUGUCGCGCAAGGUAAAGCUGCUGCAAUUCUCUCUUCUAUAUGGCUACUAAGCAUGCAGGCAACUUGGCUCCUUUUGCAUGUGGCCCCCGCCCUCGUCUCUCCCUCCGCCCCUCACAAAAAGCAGCAGCUAAUGGCCAGGAGGAGAACUGCACCUGACCUGCCACCUGCACCUGGGAUUAGAAACUUGCUCACCAGGUGAUGUUGGCUUGCCAAUUCCUGGCCAGCGUUCAAGGAAUGUUAGGAGCUGUAGUCUGGCAAUAUCUGGUGUGGGUAGUGGCGGUGAUGAGUUCUACACCAUUUUAUUUCACAGUUGUAAUCAGUGGCGUAGCGUGGGUUGUCAGCACCCGGGGCAAGGCAAGUAAUUUGCGCCCCCUAACCCGUGGAUUUGCGCCCCCUAACCCCCAGAUGUUGCGCCCGGUGCGGCCGGCCCCCCAUGCACCCCCCACGCUACGCCACUGGUUGUAAUAAAGAAAUAUGAAAAUACCAUAAAUACACGUUGUGUGCAGAUGAAGUAUGCCAGUGAAUACAGAAUCUCUGGAUGCUUCUGUUUCGAUAGGCUCUCGACACCAAUGCUGUACUCGCCCAAGAAACCUACAAAAUCCAGUGGCUCGAACGGGGAUGUGACGGAAGAAGCUGAAGCUCUGAUCAUCAAACCUUCUCAAAGGGACAAGGAGCCGUCUCUUGCUAAGGUCUUAUACAAGUCGUUUGGGCCAUACUUCCUCAUGAGCUUCCUCUUCAAGGCCUUCCAUGACCUUAUGAUGUUUACAGGACCUGAACUCUUAAGGUAAGCAGAGAGCUGUCUUGCUCCCAUCACUGUAGAGUGCAUGGAUAGUUGCUGCUGGUAUCAAACUUUUCCAUGGGUGGUUGUUGAUUGCUUUUGAUGCUCCUCUUCCCUUUAUAAAGCAGAGAGUUGGUUUACUUGGGUCUCCCAGCCCAGGCACCUCCAAACCCGGCCCUCCAGAUGUUUUGGGACUACAACUCCCAUCAUCCCUAGCUAACAGGGCCAGUGGUCAGGGAUGAUGGGAGUUGUAGUCCCAAAACAUCUGGAGAGCCGAGUUUGGGGAUGCCUGAGCUAGCCAUUUCCCACUUUCCCACUCAUCAGAACGAGAAGUAGAUGUCCCCAGAUUUCAUACAGUCUGGCACACUUAGGAAAACUGCUGUCUAGGAGUUUACAUGGUGUUUCUGUUCCUCCACUUACGACAGCGGUUUUCACAGCAUUUGGAGACACUCUUGGCAAUCCCCUUGGAAGAUUUUCAAACAUUCCUUGGUGAGAAGGCACAGAACAUCUUCCCUGAAGAUGGCAUGCUAACCCUCUCCUGACCUUCCCCUUCACUGCAGGGCAAUGUGGCUGUGUUUGAGCAGGAACACUUUGUUCACAUAAAACGGCGAUUGAACUCUAGUAAGUUUGCUCAGCAAUCCAUGUGAAUGGGCUGUGCCUCAUAUGAAAGUCAAGCGAGUUGUUCAUCUUGUUCAAAAUGAACUUCUCUGGUGCAUAAUAGCACUCUAGGAUCUUCAGCAGAGAGAUGCCUUUUGCAUUGCCUUCCGCCUUCUGCUUUUAGCCAGAGCUGUCUGGGAUUGACCCUUAUAAAUGCAAAAAUUUUGCUCUUCCAUCAAACUCCGGUGCUUCUCUCUUAACAUUGCACCCUGGAGUUUUAGAUAGAGAACACGGGCAAUGUGAUUUUUAAGGAAAUAUUUGGGAAGGAGGUGCUGAAAUCUCAGUGGCAAGCCCACACCGUACUUACUUUGGAACGCACAUUGUUUGAACCGAUUCUAAUUUUUAUAUAGUUGUAACCCCUGGAAUCUUACGGUGGUGGAGGGAGGGGUAAGAAAGCCAAAUAAACAAACCCACAAAAACCUCCCUUAUGCAUGACAUGCUUGGAAGUCUGUCCGGUCUCCUAAGUUAUGUAUUUUCCCCACUUUAAAUCUACCUGGCUGGGUUAUUGCACAGCAAAGGCAGCACUCUGAAAUAAUCAAGCGUCGCCAAUGGCCUUUUUAGUGGUGGCUCUGCAGAAUGCUUUCCCCAGGCUGCUUGCCUGGUCCAUACCAUUAAGUGUCAGGCAAGGAUAUUUUUUUUUAAAAAAAACCAAAACUUUUAAUUUGCCCAUGCGUUCAAGUAUAUUUUUUAGCAGCUAUUUAAUUGGAUUUUAGGAGACCUUACAGCUGCAAGAUUGUAUUGUCAUCUGUUUCUUUCGUUAGCCACUUCAAGAAUGUUUGCAUUUAAGAGCUGGUUGGAAUUCCACCCCCACUCUCUUUAAUUGACCUAUUUCACGGCCAGAGUGUUUUCAGUCUCGUUUCCCUGCAGGCCCACACCGCCAUCUUUGGACCUGUAGGGAACUGGAGAUGGUGAACUUCCCUCGCUCACUGGCUAACCAGGGCUUUUCACUGGCUUCCUUUCAAAUGUCCCCCGGGCUGCUUCGUUUGCAGGUUGCUCAUCAACUUUGUGAAUGACGAGAACGCCCCCAAUUGGCAAGGCUACCUGUACACGGCGCUCCUCUUUGUCUCCACCGGCCUGCAGACUCUGGUCCUCCACCAGUACUUCCACAUCUGCUUCGUGACGGGGAUGAGGCUUAAAACAGCUGUGAUCGGUGCAGUCUAUCGGAAGGUAGAGACCUGCAGAUGUAUACCCUAACCCCACCUGACAUCACUUUAUCCACAGGGAUUGGCGCCCGCAGUGAACUAGACUAAAUGUCUCGCUCAGUAAGCUUUCAUCCUAAACCCCCACGGUUGGCUUUAACUUUAGGCUGGGGUAGCAUUGCUGCAUUUGUCCCCAGCUGCAUAGGGAGCUGCGACGGUCCUCGCCCACAUCUCGAGACGCUGCCCUGGCUGCAGCUGCUUACAAAUGACUUCCAGCCUAGAAGCGUAGCUUAGCAACGCUGCCCCUUAUCCUUUGGGGAAUGGCUUGCUCCAGAUGGCAAAUGCAGCCGAUGUGCUCUAAUUACUCAACUGGAAGAAGGGCUGUGGCUUCUUUGCGUGAAGGUCCUGACCAGUUAGGGCUGAGAACGUUCCCUGUCUGAAUCCCUGGAGAGCAGCUGCCAGUCAUUAGUGUGGACAAUACUGAGCUCAAUGGGUAGAUAGUCUGGCUGCAUAUUAAGCCAGCUUCCUAUGCUCCCAGUGACAUUUUGAUUCAUUUCUCCUUGGUGAUGUUUGUUUUGAAUGGGAUCCAAAUUCACCUUAGAGACACUGCCUGCUUCUAUCAGAAACGAUGAGAGGACAGUGUUACACCAGUUCACACCAACUGUUCAUCUGACCCAGUAUUGCCUGUCCUGAUUAGUAGUAGCUCCUCAGGGUCCAUGGCUAAAAGAGAUCUUUCCAUUCGCCUGUUCCCUGAUUAGUCGAAGAUGCCAGAGGUUGGUAGUGGGAGCUCCUCCUUUCAAAAGAAUGUGCUCUACCACCAAACACCAUCUGCACACCAUCUAGCAAGUUCAUAAACUCAACUUGUUUGAUGAUAUAUGCUUAUUCAGUUAACCUCUCACUAUUUAAUUGAUGUUUCUGGCUUAUAGGUAUGACCUAUCGAAAACCUUUGGAGGUUAUUUUUUUAAGAGAGAAAGGAGAAUUCUUUUGAUUUCUAAAGCUCUAGGCAUGACAGUUUUUCCAUUUGAGAGCAUUCUGUCCCAAACUUUAAGCCCAUGCUUGGCUUCCCUUUAGUUCAUGUGUUUAUAUAUAUGUGUGUAUGUUUAUCCAGCAUCUUCGCUGCCAAACUCCUGCAUCUAAGGAAGUAGGAUUUUGCCAAUCAAAGUUCUUUAUGCCCCAGCAAACCUUCCAGCCUCUGGACUUUUCAUUUUGUCUUCCUCUCCUCUACCCUGCCAAGGCCUUGGUCAUCACAAAUUCAGCAAGGAAGACAUCCACAGUUGGAGAAAUUGUCAACCUGAUGUCGGUGGAUGCCCAGAGGUUCAUGGACUUGGCUACCUACAUCAACAUGGUCUGGUCUGCACCUUUGCAAGUCAUACUGGCUCUCUGUUUGCUGUGGCAGGUAAAAGUACUGUGCGUCCAUUGUUUCCUUUACUGCAGCUAAACAAUGGUGCUUAUUUUACUCAAGGGAAAGCCAGAAUCCUGUCAUCAAAGGAUUAGGGCUUCAGAAUCCAGGAUGGGAUAACAGGGAAGGGAAAGAAGUGCAGACAGCUCUCUGUCUUGGACUGGUAAGAUGCAGAGGAAUGGUGGAUGGAACCAGCUGGGGAACCAUCAAGGGAAGAAGGCUCAGAGCCCAGGGAGUGGCGGUGGGACAAUGAUGAGUGGUCACAGGGAGAAGACUGCGGGGAGGAGACGUCAGAAGCCGAAGGGUUUAGUGAGCAGGAAGAAUCUGUGGCAGAGAGAAGUCCAGAAUCAGAGGCAGAAACUGAAGCAGGAGAGGAGGGAGGCCAAGAAGCAGAGAUGAGUCAGGCUUGAUGCAGAGAAAUGGAUGUCUCCCCUCCUCCUGUGUUAAGCUCCCCUCCCCGCUGGUCUCCCAGAACCAGAAGAGAGAUGAAAUGGGCAGAGCAGCGGCGGGCUGCACGCAGGCACAGUCUCUAAUUGUUUGGGGAAAGCCCUGGGGAGGCAGGGACUUUCAGACUUCACAACUGAUUCAUGGGGUCAGACCUGCUGAGGAUGAGCUGCUGUGCUCAUUAGGCCUGACAAUCAACCGUUAAUAAAGAGCUAGCUCCAACUUUGAAUGGUGUGAUUUACUGCCAGCUCGCUCUUUGACAUUCUCAUGCUGUAACCUUCAACUAAUGACUGGAAUCUGAAUAUGCAAAGCUGCGAAUCAGACUCCUGUCUCCUCUGACUGGCAGUGGCUCGUCAGUUUCUCCCACACUCUGUUACUUGAACCUCUUAACUAGAAAUGGCAGGGGUUGAAUCGGGGACUCUGCCUUCAAGGCAGGUGCUCUCCCACUCAGCACUCUUCCCCAGUUUCCUCUGGCUAAAAGGCAGGAAAGUACCUGCUCAUUCCUGCAACGGUUCACCACCUAGGUUACUAUUUGGACCGCGGGUUUUUUGUGCUUCCGUUAUGCUGCAUUCUAAACAUGCUCUCUUUAGAAUUUAGGUGCCUCGGUGUUGGCCGGUGUGGCUGUCAUGUUGCUCCUGGUUCCAGUCAAUGCUGUGAUAGCAAUGAAAACAAAGACCUACCAGGUAAGAGACUUCCUUUCUGCACAAGAACAAUUGAGUCCAUCUCUUAAGGCACAUGUUGAGACUUCCUGUCUAUUGUGCCUCACGGAAGAAUGUUGCAAAUUACCAUACCAGCCAGUAAUAGCAAGAUCAGUAUCUUGUGGUCUGAUGUGACGGUCAACCCUGCUUGUAAAUCACUAUGCACCUCUGGUGGGAAAGAACCUUCUCUAAGUGAUCUUGCAAAAGAUGGUUCUUUCUGCUUAGACCCCAGAUAACUAAACACGUAUGUUUAGUGUACUCAAGGGCUAAUGACUCCUCUGGACUUGUUUUGCAAGGUUAGGCAAAUCACAUCAUUAACUAAGAUGCUGCUACAAAACUAAGAUGUUGCUAAAACAUCUACAUCUAUCGGUGGUGUUUUCAGCCUUCCUGUCUUGUGAAGGAGCUACUCAAGCCAGUCUAAUGCUUUCACCUGCAACCAUCUCUUUGUUCCUUUCCUGUUGAUGGCUUGCCAGCACGUGUCAGUUGUAAGUUUUACAAAACACAGUUUCCAUUUCUUAAAGCCGCCUCAUUUUAUAGCUCAGAGCUACAAAGAAACCCAACAACAACAUUUUAAAAUGACGGCUACUGUUCAAAAGUUUUAUCACAGGCCGACUUGGGAGAGAGAGAGAGCUGCCUCAAAUUGCUUUUGUUUUGAUUGGGUUCGUUUCAGGUUGCUCACAUGAAUUGCAAGGACAACCGGAUUAAGCUGAUGAAUGAAAUUCUCAAUGGGAUCAAAGUGCUAAAACUUUAUGCCUGGGAAUUAGCCUUCAAAGAGAAAGUCCUGGGGAUCAGACAGGAAGAGCUGAAGGUGCUCAAAAAGUCCGCUUACCUCUCUGCAGUGGGGACGUUCACGUGGGUGUGUGCCCCGUUCCUGGUGAGUAAAGUAGUGCUUUCAAAAAGCUGCUGGUAGAUGGCAUUCUUACAGACUGCUGUUUUCUGUGCAUAGAACUCUGCUUGUCACUUGCCACACAUCUCGGCGCUCAUUCAAAGAGGGAAUGCUACAAGAAUAUUAACAUACAUUGUAUUUUUGUCAUGCUGUCGUCAUUCAAGCUAGGAGAUUCUUCUUGCCCAGUGUUUAUUUCAUUUUAUGCAGCAUGCAGUCCUGUGGCCUGGGGAAUCCCUGCCCGCUGUAGGAAACUUCAGACACCUUUGCCCAAUUGAUGUCAGUAGGAACAAGAAAGGUUGCAUGCUGGGGGAGAGGGCUGGGACAUGGUUUGGGUCCAAAAGAUCCAAAGUUCUCUUGGUCCCCCGGAACAUCACCAAACCAGAGAGAGAGAGAUUUAGACCAGCUUAGAAGCUGGCCCAAAUCUUUCCCCGGGAUUUCCCUUCCCCUUUUCCUGCUGUCAAAAAAGAAAAGAAAAGGGGAAAGCAGAGCAUACAAGGAGCACAAGUGCUGCCCUCUGACCUUACUUCCUCCCUGGUCCCUUCUUUUUGUAAACUGCUUUGAGGUUUUAUUACAACCAAGCGGUAUAUAAGUCUUGUGAAAUAAAUAAGGGCCCAGCAAGGGCGUUGGAUGGGUGUUCAGAACAGAACACCAGCUUUCCCAGCCCUGCCACCACCAGUCUUAGGAUUGCAGCCAUAGUACAUUUUUAUGCCGUCCUUCAGCUUAAACAAAUCCUAGAGCAACUGCUACCAAAAAAGAAAGAAAGAAUGUAAAAUAACCCAAUAUCAAGAAGAAGAAGAAAGCAUUAAUGCUGCUGGAGCAGCGAAAAACAAAAACAAAACACAGUUGGAGCAAUAAAACCAACAGAAUUUAAUAAAGCUGCUCUUGUCUGAAAGGCUUGGGCAGUUUCAGAAGGUCUUGCAUUGAAAAGGAAGUGUUUUAGGUUUAGUGCCAGGCAAGCCUCCCUGGGGAGGACAUUCCAUGUGCCACCACCAAGAAAAAAAUCCCCCUCCCUGGUCAUCACCCACCUAACUUCUUGACAGCAUCCGUCCUUGGGGCAGGGUGUUGGCAAAAAACACUUUAUGGUCUUUUCCAGCCUUAAUCUGUUGCUUAGAGCCGAUUUGAGUCUGGGUGGCGCUGUGGGUUAAACCACAGAACCUAGGGCUUGCCGAUCAGAAGGUCGGCAGUUUGAAUCCCCGCGAUGGGGUGAGCUCCCGUUGCUUGGUCCCUGCUCCUGCCAACCUAGCAGUUCAAAAGCACAUCAAAGUGCAAGUAGAUAAAUAGGUACCGCUCUGGCGGGAAGAUAAACGGUGUUUCCAUGUGCUGCUCUGGUUCGCCAGAAGUGGCUUAGUCAUGCUGGCCACAUGACCCGGAAGCUGUAUGCUGGCUCCCUCGGCCAGUAAAGCGAGAUGAGCGCUGCAACCCCAGAGUCGGUCACGACUGGACCUAAUGGUCAGGGGUCCCUUUACCUUUACUAUCUUUCCAACUAGUCAGGGCAUCACAGGAACCUCCUAUAUAAAGCCAUGUUCUGUAAUGCUUAUUUUUCACCAGCUGGAUUGGGUUCUGAUUGCAUGAAGAUGGUUUGCUGUGCUGGGCUCAAACAAAGGGCGCCACUUGCCUGGCCUGGAGUGUGGACCCCAGUCAUGGUUCACUGUUUGCAAUUUGAAACGCCUUUCUGCACGUUCUCUACACAACACUAAUAUUUGCACAGUCCUGAGGACAAUGAGUGACCCAGCCACGGCCAUGUACAGGAAGCCUGUUAAGUCCACCACGGGUGUUCUUAAGAACAGCAAAAUAAUCAAGAGCUGUUUUGAAAAGGAACUCUUUGAUUUAAGUGCUUUGUUGCUGAAAGGUCCUCCUAAGAUGUAGGCCCAAAGCACCUUCUUGAGAGCACCAAAGAGCCCAUUGCAAGUGUCUCCAUCCUAUAGCUUUUCGAAAGACUUUAUUCCAAAUAUUUAUACCUGCUUAUCCAUCUGCAUUGUCUACGCCAUGGGGCUGUCAUGCCCCAAUUGAGGGCUUACCCACACUUUCUCUUGCCUAUGCAAGGGGUCUGGCCUCAUGGAGAUAUGGCAGAAGAAACAUGUCUCAUGGAUAGUCUCUUCCCUGGGCUCAACAUUUUUCUAAAGACACUGGCUCUCUCCACCCCCCAAAAACCCCACACAUUUCUUUUUACUGAAAAAAUAUAGCCUUCCCAAACAUGGCACCCUCCAAGAUGCUUUGGACUACAACUCCCAUAAGCCACGGGUCUGAUGGGAGUUGUAGUCCGAAACAUAGAGGAUAUCAAGUUGGACAAAGGCUGAAAUAAACAGGCAAAGUCCAGGCACAACACAUCAUUGAUUUCUAUUUUUCCAGGUUGCUCUGUCAACAUUUGCUGUUUUUGUGAAAACUGCCGACCAGAAUGUCCUGGAUGCUCAGAAGGCCUUUGUGUCGCUGGCGUUGUUUAACAUCCUCCGGUUCCCCCUGAACAUCCUUCCGAUGGUCAUCAGCAGCAUCGUGCAAGUAAGGGUUUCUUUGCAAGCAGUUGCCUUUGGCCGGGGGCGGUCGGGAGGCAGGGGACUGCACCCAGCUGUACACAGUUAAGAGUCCCAUGCAUAUUCUUUUGCUCCUGUCCUUGCUCACUACUGGAAUGUGGCCCCGGGUAGACUGGCCACAAGGAAACACAACUCCUGGGCUGGGAAACAAGCGAAAGCACUCAGGGUGCAGAACAAGCCAGCGAGUGUUGUAGCCUUGCGGGGAUUUCUAAAGGCCAAAUAAGGAGGCUGAGGGGCCCCCCGUGUUGCUUCUGGGCAGCCCUUAAUUGGGGCACGAAGGCAACAGCUCCCUCCCAUGGUUGACCCAGAGCAGCUGGGAUUUGGUGGCCUCCUUCCUGGAGGUUGCACUUGGUUAUCACAGUUAUUGGUGUUUGAUAGAUCACACCAUAGAUUUGAAUUGUACUGCUUGGCAUCUGUCUGUCUCAGGAGACAAUGGAGGAGUGCACCUUUGGGGGUGAAGUCAAACUGUUGGAGAGUCGCAGCGCCUGCUGUGGCUGUAGAGACUGAUGCAGGAGGGCUAUAUUUUGUUGCAGCUGGGGCACAUGAAGGCGUCUGGUGCUUGCGCUGCUGCAGAUGCACCAUGGCGUUUCUUCUCUCUGUGCUCUGCCCAGCGGUCAUUCCUCCUCUGGUUGCUGCUGUGGAUGCACGACCUCUCUGUCCCAAGCGCUGCAGUCAUCUGCAAGGGAUUCCCCACAGGGCAGGGUUGAUGUUGCCAGCCUUCAUGUCCUGUUUGCUUUGGUGGACCUGGUGCCUAGUGUAUUGUACUAUUGCUUUAGCAUUAAUGUAUUGAGAGACGGGGGUUGUACAAUGCCUGGAGAAUUUAUUUUAUAAGGCAUCACGUAAGUGCAAAUGAGAAACUUAAUAAUCUCAUUGCCUCAUGCCGAAAUGACGAAUAAGAAUGUGGCCAUGUGGGUCCUUGUGGGAAGAGCAGUUCCACAAAAGGAGGGGGGAAUUCCUACGGAAUACACCUAAUCCGCUUCUUAAAGCCACCUAAACUAGUGGCAGCAAGGACAUCCUGUGCCAUCAGAUUCCAUGUGUUUGUUUUGCAUCUUCUGGCCAAAAUUUUGUGAAAGCAAAAUUGGCGGACGCCCGAAAAUGAAAUGCAAGAGGUAUGCUUCAUUUGAGCAACCUCUCGGCUUUGUUGCCUAGGCCAGUGUGUCUCUGAAGCGUCUCCGAGUCUUCCUGUCUCAUGAGGAGUUGGAUCCAGACAGCAUCGUCAGAGGUUCCAUCAAAGACUGUAAGUUCAAGGUUUAUUAGGUGGAUGGGGUGGAGUUUCCCAGUUCAUUUGCCUCUGCCACUUCCCACCACCAGAUUAUCCAGUCAGCAUUGCUCAGGCUUCAAGAUGGCUUCUUCUAAGGCAGGGGUGGCCAACUCCCAAGAGACUGCGGUCUACUCACAGAGUUAAAAACAAAAACCGGCAGUGAUCUACCCCCGUUUUUCAGGUCAAAGUUGUUGAGCCCCAUUUAAGAAGAAUAGUGUUUAGCCUCUCUUGCCCGGCUCAGCUCUCUGAUGCUGAAUGGAGCUUGUGGCAAUGUCUAGUUUGCAUCCAGGUACAGAUGGACCACAAAGUUCUCCAAGUCUUCCUUUCCCUGCCCUAUGCAGAGUAGUACUUAUAAGCCUUGGACCUGGGAGGUGAAGGUGCAUAUUCCCCAACACAGCCAAGAAGCUCACUGGAAGACUCCUAGGAACACAGGAACCUGCCUUACAUGGAGUCAGACUCAGUAUUGUCCACCUGACAGGUUGGAGCUCUCUGGAGCUUCAGGCAGGAGUCUCUCCAAGCCCUCCAUGGAGAUUCCAGGGAUUAAAUCUCCCUCAGUUGUUUUUGUAUGCAUGUAACCUAUUUUCGGUUGUGUUGGUGUUUUGACCUGCAUGAAAACAUCCUCUUUCAUUAUUUGCUAGCUGAUGGAAACAGCAUUAUUGUGAAGAGUGCCACCUUCAGCUGGUCAAGAAGUGAUCCUCCAUCUUUGAACAAGUAAGAGUUGCGGCUUUCUUCCUUCUCCUCUCCCAUGAAAUAGUUUUAAUCGCACUAAUGCCAGGACAGGGACUCUCCAGCUUCCGUUGGACUACAACUCCCAUCAUUUCCUGGCCACUGUGCGUGCUGACUAGGGCUGAUGGGAUGACAGGUCUGCAGUGGCACCCUCCCAUUGGCCGCUCCCAGAUACAGACUUUUUUCAGGGAGUGUCUUCCCUUUCAAUUGCAUUUCCAAUGCCCUUUGCUCUAUCCAAAUUUAUUCUCUAUCACUGCCUCUCCGUGUUGCAUCUCAGUCCAGCAAAGCUGAAGUUGUGUUCUCUUCCCACCAUCCCCUGCCCCUCGUUCCAGCAUCAGUCUUGCGAUCCCAGAACACCGCUUGGUCGCCGUCGUCGGUCAGGUCGGUUGCGGCAAAUCCUCGCUGUUGUCUGCUCUGCUGGGGGAAAUGGAAAAGAGAGAAGGGCUCGUCUCUCUCAAGGUACAACAGCUCCCCUGCAAAACAUACGAGAUGUAAAAUUAUAAGAAGAGAAUAUGCCGGCCCUCAAUGAAAUACGUAAAGGACAUGUGCAGGCUGUUUGGUGGUACGGCCAAGAAAUAGACUCUCUUUUUUUAAAGUUCAGCAGCACAUAUCUUUGAGACAGCUGGCGGCUGAGUACUGCUGCUUGCUCAGGGGUCACCCUGGCUGGAAUUAGGAAGGAAUUUUCUCUUGGUUGACUAGUGACCCCACAGGUUUCCUGCUUCCCCUGUGAGCAUGUGAUACUGCCUGAGCUCUCUGGAUGGUUAUACUAAUCUGUUCUGUACACAGUAUCACUGCAUCCAGGGUGGGACACCUUACUGGCUCCUGUCCGCUCCUUUCUGCAUGGGGUUGUCUGUUAGGGGCUUAAUGUGUCAGGUGAAUGUUGUGUUGUCCCAAAGAAGAUUAGGGUAGUUUGGGAUGAGCCGGCCAUCUAACCGAAUGAGCUAGCAUUGUGAGAUGUCAGAAUUGACUUGGGAGAGUGAUGGGGAACAGAGAACAUCAUGGAAAGACAGUUCUAGGGAUUGAUGCAUCCUACAGGGUUGUUGUUUUUUAACACCUCUCAACAUGGACCAGAAUCUUGCACCACUCAACCUCUCUUCUCUACAGGGCUCCAUCGCCUACGUCCCUCAGCAAGCUUGGAUCCAAAACGCAACUCUGAAGGAAAACAUUAUAUUUGGAAGAGAAGUGAAGGAGAACUACUACAAGCGUGUGAUUGAGGCAUGUGCCCUUUUGCCGGAUCUGGAGAUUUUCCCAUCAGGAGACCAGACCGAAAUUGGAGAAAAGGUAUUUAACGUGUUAUAGUGGUCACAGGCUCCAAAAUUUGUUUUCUCACAUUUGCUCCUGGGGUGUGAGAACAGAUCCUGAAUAUGUGUAGCACCUCAAGUAUAACUCCCAGAGCUCACCUGUCCCGUUUUCUGCUCAAGCAAAGAUGGAUCUUUGUGCCUGCCUCUUAGGUGAGUGCUGCAUGAACUGAGACUUGUGUGUUCACGUGCAUCUUUAUUCCAUUUCUUUCCUUGUGGAAAUGGAAAUCAGGCCUUUCACAAAGCAGAAGUCAUUUCCGGUAGACAGUUGCAGGCUCUCAUUUUCAACCCCUCUUCUCUUCCUCAGGGUGUAAACCUGUCUGGUGGCCAGAAGCAAAGGGUCAGCCUGGCCCGAGCCGUCUACUGUAACGCUGAUGUCUACUUGCUGGACGACCCCUUGUCAGCUGUUGAUGCUCAUGUUGGGAAGCACAUCUUUGAGAAAGUCAUUGGACCAAAGGGAAUCCUCAAAAACAAAGUAUGCUUGGAAUGCAGGUAGCUUCGUUCUGUUCGGGGGGGGGGGGAGAUGCUUUGCAAAGUUCAGGCAAGCUGUUUGGAAAUGUUUCCAUGCCAGUCAUAGAAUUGUAGAGUUGGAAGGGACCUCAAGGAUCUUCUAGUCCAACCUCCUGCAAUGAAGGAAUCUUCUGCCCAACUUGGGGCUCAAACCCACAGCCCUGAGAUUAAGUGUCUCAUGCUCUCUACUGACUGAGCCUCUCUGAACAUAUAAUUAGACCAGGCUUUCCCAAGCUGUUUUUGGACUACAAUUCCCACCAUCCCUGUCCACUGGUUCUUCUAGCUAGGGAUGAUGGGAGUUGUAGUCCAACAAGAGCUGGAGACACAAGUUUGGGAAACCUUGAAUUAGACAAUCUAAGCCAUAAACGGAAGAACUGCCAGAGUGUAGCAUGUUCAACAAAUGUGCAAGUUUCCAGGUCCCCACCCUGGCUCUCUUAACUGCUUUUCCUUUUCUUUGGGCACCUAGACUCGAGUGUUGGUAACCCAUGGCGUUGGUUAUCUGCCCUUUAUGGAUACAAUCGUAGUAAUGACGGAAGGAAAAAUCUCCGAGAUGGGAUCCUACCAAGAGCUGCUAAAGCAAGACAGGGCCUUUGCAGAGUUCCUGCGCACGUACGCCAGUGCGGAACAGAAUGUGGACAAGGAAGGUAAGGGUCUCUCUCUCCGUAUGUCUGCUUAAAGCUAAAUGGGCUGCAUGGGGAGACCAUGGGAACUUACCCAGCAUGCCUUGCUCCCUAGAUGAUGCUGAAUGGUAGAACUGUAGGGUUGGGAGUGGCCCUGGGGGCUUGCGAUGCAUAAUGGGAAUGAUGAUACGAAAAACAGCAACAAGGUUAACCUCUUCCAUCCCCAGAAGACGAGGAGUCUGUUGUUGUUGUUGUUGUUGUUGACUUGUUACUUGCUUGCUACCCUAAGGUAAAACACAUUUAAAGGCUCAAUGGCAAAUCUGCUCAUAGGUUGGUGAAAACGUUAAUCUUGGAGCAGAUUAACUUUCAGACUGACGUGACUGCCUGGAGUAAUUUGCCCUGGUUGGGAAGAGGACUUGUUCAGUUUCAUAACUUCCUCCCGUGUAAUCGGCACCCAACUCCUGUGUAGCGCAGCUUUGUUUCUGCCUCAGCUUUGCCCGAAAUAGGGUUUGUCGUGGCCGUCCUUCUGAGCGUUAAGCUCUGUGGGAUGGUUUUGGGUCACAGGGUAAACCUCGUAACGUUCUAGAUAAGUUUAGAACCCAUUGCUAUCUCCAGGCCUUCAGCUGUUUCUUAAUAAAACAACCAGGAUUCGCUUUUUUCUUCCAUUUGGGGAGGGGGCAUAGCUCAGUGGAAGAGCAUCUGCUUUGCAUGUGCAGCUUCUCUCAACGUUGGGUCCCCAGCUGUCGUUGGGACUACAACUCCCAUCAUCCCUGACCACUGGCCCUGCUAGCUAGGGAUGAUGGGAGUUGCGGUCCAACAACCCAAUGUUGAGAAACACUGAUGUAGAAGGUUCCAGGUUCAAUCCCAGCAACCCCAGGUUGGGCAGAGAGAGAGAGAGAGAGAGAGAGAGAGAUCUCUAUCUGAAAUCCUGGAGAGCCACUACCGCUCAGUGUUGGAAAUGCGAAUCUAGAUCAAGGGUGGGGAACCUCAAAUCUGGGGACUGAAUGCAGCCUCCAGGCUUCUCUGUCCGGCCCUCAAAACUCUCCUCAGGUCACACCUCUUCCUGGCACGGCUCCAUACCAAAUGUCUUUGCCCAGCUGGAAUGUGUCCUUGAGCUGUAGCAAUGCCUCUUCCUUCUCCAGAUGGAGAAGAGAGGUCUAUGUGUGGGAGCAUAUGUAGAAGCUAGUUUACAACUUGAUGACCAGAUUACGUUUGUAGGUUUGCAAGACGUUUUGUGAGGUAAAUUAUUUGAAUUAUUGCAAAAAUGGUUAAAGAGGUGGAUUGUGAGUUAAGAUAAUUAAAGACAAUAGGAAUUUAAGAAAUGCAGAAGAAAUGAUAAAAAUGGUGGAUCAUCAGAGGUGCUGAUGGAAGCCCAAAAAGAAUGUAUAAGAUGUGAAGUUCUGUGGAAUGCAUAAUAAUUGGUAUGUUGAAAUUAAUAAAAAUUAUAUAUAUAAAGAAGCUAGUUUACAACUGCAAAAUCUGCAUGAAUUGCUCUGCCCCCUAUUGCCCCUGGCCCAGCCCUCCGCUGGCAUGUGGUCCUCGGAUGAUUGCCCAGUGGUUGAUGUGGCCCUCAGGCAGAAAAUGGUUCCCCACCGCUGAGCUAGGUGGGUGGACCAGUAGCCUGGCUCGGGGUGCUGCGCCGUGUUUCUGCAGUGAUUUUGGUGCGGUAUUCUUUUGAACAGCAAAGCUUAGCCCUCGUUCAUUUCAGCGGUGCUUCUGCAGCAGAGCUCCCUGAUGCCUUGGUACACUUCCACAAGAAGUACUUGCCAUCCAAAAUCUAUAAUUUGCUUUCCCAAUCUCUCUCUCUCUCUUUCUUCUUUCUGCUCACUGUUGCAAAACCACACAGCCUCAGGGAGAGGAGAAGGUUUGUCUCUCUUUACCAUAACAGAACAGUUUUCUCUUGAAUUCACUUUGCGUUCGUUUUUCUUUUUGCUAAUUUCUCCUUCUGACAUGAAUCUGCAGGUACCAGGUCAGAUGAGGACGAAGGUUUGUGGUACCGGAAAGGUUUCUGUGCAUGUUGUUAGAAGCUGUAGUUCUAAAAAACCCCGCUUCGUCUGAGAUGAAAGCAAGCAUGGUUUGGCAAAUCCAAUAUGUAUGAAUGAUGAAGUGGUUCUUUUUUGGAACUGGCUAUUCUUCCUUUGCCAACUCCUAUUACCUAAUUCUGUAUUGUUGUUGUUGUUGUCAAGUUUCAACCACUUAGGGUCACUUAAGAAUUUGGGCGCGCCCUCUGAGACUUCUGACUUCUUUGCGUUUGGAGAUCGGCACUCCCAGGUCAUAUCACAGUUUGCUUUUGGAAACAUGGGGAUGUUGCUGUUUGAGAAACUCAAUCCCAAGUCUCCUUGGGAACAUGGAGCAACGCUGUGUGCUCCUUUGGAUCCCAGCCAUUUUCUCUCAGCUGUGAAUUCUGCAAGGGACUCGGAUGCUAUUAACAGAAACCUUGCCCGCUUGGAAGAAUGGCUCCCCUGCUUGCUUGCUUGCUUAGUAGAAGUAGGCCGUGAGUUUGCUUCUUGCUGGUCUGACAUCUACUGAACUGGCCGUUUGUGAAGCUAAUUUUUUUAUUUAAAAAAAAAUUGGCAAAAAGAUGCAUGAAAAGUGACAGGAUGACCUCAGCAGUUUUAAGCUGUUUCCUAUCCCCACAGGGUUUGGGACUGUGUUGGUGAAGUUUAUAAGAGAGAAAUCUCUGCACUCUGAACCUCCGUCCCCCCCCCCCCAAAAAAAAAAUCCCACAUGGGAGAUUCCUGGCAGUGUGAAUGGUUCAAAUCUGACUUAAGUGGGCUCUGUAAUUAGACCUCAGACUCUUGUCUUAAUCACGAAUGGUUCAGUUUUAGAUCUCACAUUCAUGGAACAGUUAGAGGCUUCGUCUUGUGAGUCAGUGUCUAACCACUCAGAUGAAAUGUAGUCAGUUGACAAGUUUAAGUUUUAUAGAAUAUUUAUAGAGGCUUGCUUUUUAAGACGUACUUCCUUCACGUUCAACUCUGGAAGGCUCUUGUUUGCAGUGCGACUGGAUCUGACUUAGGCAACGUUCAUCCUCCUUUCCUGAAAUUCUCUGUUUAAUUUUUCCACUACCUCCAUUGCCAUCUUGGCGUUAGAGAGACCUGGAGUUUGAGAUGAAACCAGUGUCUGUUUUGUAGGAUCCGAGUUUUUAUAGAGGUGGGGGAAAUGGUUGUUAGGAAUUCCUAAGCAGAACCCCUACUUUUUGUGUUUGUUUGCUUGUUGAGAAAACUACCCCAGAUUCUGUCACUUGCAUUCCUUCGCAGGGAUGGUACUCAGCUGUACAGAAGUCUAAAUGGGUGUUCAUUGAUUAGGCUGAGAUUGGCAUCUAUUUUGGGGAACCCGUGGCCCUUCAAAUGUUGUUUGGGCUCAAACUCCCAUCAGCCCCAUACAGUGUGGCAAAUAAUGGCCAGGUAAGAUGGGAGUGCCUGGAGGAUAGCCAUUAUCUUCUGCAGGUGCAGUCUUAAAUAACAGGCAUUUAUAUGUGUAGAGGUUGUUGCACAAGUGUCUGCUGGGUUGGGGCAUGAUACCACCAUUUAUACCUUCAUGGACUCUACAGCACAGUUAUUUGUACGUAUGUAAAGGUUCUAGGGAUCUUAAAGGACCACAAGGUCAACACAAAUCACCUGUGUGAUGCAGCAGCAAAAAAUAGUGGUUCGAUUCUGGGCUGCAUCAACAGAAGUCCAGCGUCCAGAUCAAGGGAAGUCAUAGUACUGUUCUAUUCUGCGUUGGUCAGACCCCACCUGGAGCACUGUGUCCAGUCUGGGCGCCACAGUUUUAUGAAGGAUGUUGACAUGCUGGAACGUAUGCAGAGGAGGGUAAACAAAAUGAUCAAGGGUCUAGAAACCAAGCCUUGUGAGGAACAGUUGAGGGCAUUGGGUAUGUUUAGCCUGGAGAAGAAGAGACUGGAAGGAGAUAUGAGCGCCAUCUUCAGAUAUCUAAAGGGUUGUUGCAUGGAAGAUGGAGCAAGCUUUUUUUCUGCUGCUCUGGGGAGUAGGACUUGAUACAGUGGAUUCAAGUUACAAGAAAGGAGAUUCCAACUAAAUGCUUUCUGACAGUAAGAGCUGUUUGACAGUGGAAUGGACUCCCUCGGGAGGCUGUGGACUCUCCUUCUUUGGAGGUUUUUAAGCAGAGGUUCAAUGGUCAUCUGUGUUGAAUACUUUAGCUGAGAUUCCUGUAUUGCAGGGGGUUAAAGCAAUGGGGUGCCUUCCAACUUCCAUGAGUUGCGUGAAACACCUCCGUAAACAGUAUUUUUCAGCAAGAACACCAAGAUGUGAGUUGUAAGCUGGAGUCACGCCACCAAAAUGCACAUUUGCCAUUAACCACUCAGGCGGUGGUUCUGAGGCUCCUGCUUUCCCAUGCGAAGGUUUUCUUUCGUCUGCGUGAACAUUCCUUCGAAUCCCAAACUUGGCGUUAGAAGGAUUUACGCACAGAGAGACACACCAUGCCUGACAAGGCUAUAUGAAGAAUCUGGGGAGAGCUUAGGAGAGGAGAAGGCUCUGCUUGGGAGCUGUGCAGCAACGUUGCAGAGUGCAGCCCCAACUGCUCCACAUCCCUUUCCCAUACUUUCGUUCCUCUCCUGAAAUCAAUAGGGCCUGAAGAAGCACUGGAAUAAUCCUCUUCCUUGGGGGCUGAGAUCUUGGACUUCUGUCCCCGUCUCCCAGCCCCCGCCUCAAGUUUUUAAAAUGAGGUUGUUAAAGGUGUCAGAGAUGGAGGGGGGUGGGCUGCUGGCUGUUUCUCGAACUGCCUAAGAUCAGAAAUAAGCACUUCUGCUCACUCAAGGAAGGGAUAAGCCUCCCCCCAAUGGGCUUUAAUAAUGUUUGAAAAGCGUCUGCUGUGCCCAGCAUGCUUUUAAGAAGAAAACAAUUUCAUUUGACAUUCCUCUCCGUCAGCUUUCUGUAGUUGAAUUAAAACACUUGGUAGACUGGGUGGUCUCGUGGAUUUCCUCGCUCCCUUCUAGCGAAAACAGACAUUUUCUUGAUGUAUAAAAAUGCUAGCCGUGAGAUCUAACCUGGACUUCGGUUGGCUAUGGAGCAAAAGUUCUCUGUUCCAUGCAUCUCACAUCGGGGGCAGGUAGUUGAUGGACCUACGUGUGACGCUUAAACCAAACGCAUGUAUUUAGUUUAGAUGCUAAUCCUGGUUGGGGGCAGCAGGUUUAAUUUGGGGGUAGCCUUCUGGCACUGGGAACUAGGAAUUUGCUCUCACCCUUUUCGUGCUAUUAUUCAUCUCGCUUCUACAGAUGCAAACAGCCCAACCACAAAGGAAGGGAAGCACAUGGAAAAUGGGGUUCUUGUGAAUGAAGCCUCGGGAAAAGAAGUCAUGAGGUAUGGAAGCUUCUUGGAUCUGCAUUGAAGUUGCUUUGACAUGGUCUUCCUGGUGGCUUUGUGGGGAAAGAAACCUCUGUUGAAAAAAGGACCCUUCCCAGUCCACUACUGUAGUCAAAAAAAGCCCUCUUGGCUGUGAUGUGACCUACAGGUAUCCAUCUCAUGACCACCUUGAAGAUGGGCUUUCUCUGUGAUUGCACCCACCUCACUUGAAUAUUUAGCAGGCGCCAACAGUACUGAUGUUAUGUCAGCUAGUAAAAACACAUCCAUUCACUCAGGGUUCCAGAACGGCACAAAGAGGUUAAUGUCGUAGCUCAGUGUUACUCAGACUCGGGUCUCCAGCUGUUUUUUGGACGACAAAUCCCAUCAUCCUUGACCACUGGUCCUGCUAACUGGAGGUGAUGGGAGCUGUAGUCCAAAAACAGCUGGAGACCCAAGUCUGGGAAACACUGCUUUAAAUGAAUAAUAUACCCUGAUAAUGUUUCUGAUCUGAAACAGGAAUGGCCCAACAUCUGUCUUCUUGGGAGCUGCUCUGACAGUGACCGGGGUACCCAAAGUGUGUUGCCUCUGCAGACUGAUACCUCAUGAGCCCUUAAGUCUCCUUGCUAAAGUUGGCAUUGCCUGGCAGAAAGUGGCUUUGCGUCAGUGUGGCGCAUGCUCUCAGGCUCACAUGUGGCACUGCAAUUCCUUAUAACUUGAAAACAACUUGGAGGUUUUAUUCCUUACUAGUGGAAUAGUGGGCAAACUGUUUUAAAAUCAAUGGGGGUAUGGUUAUCAGAAGGCCAGAUGAAAUUGCCAGGGUGGCCAGUUGAACACCCCCAGUCUAAAACUGAAAAUGCUAAACUAGCAGGUCAAGGUUCUCCCUCUCCUUAAUCCCUCUGUAAUCCUCCACUCUGAGCAACGCUACUAAGGUUUCUCUGCAUGGCAGGUGGGGAAGAAUGGUGCUCUGUUCUUACUUUCUGUUGCAAAGUCUGCCAUUUCUCCUCCCUACCCCAGGGAGAAUUAUUUCUUUACCGGCUUAUGUAGCAAUACGGCAUGCAUUUUGCGUAGCCUGGACAAAAAAGUACACCUGAGAAAGUAGAGUUGUCUUCCCAGUGUAAGUUUUCACUUUCCGGUCUAAAUUUGGGAAACUGAUUGCCAGAUGUUCACCCGCCUCCAAAUGACAUGCGUGAUGUGUGUUAGAACCGCACUCACAGUUUAGGCCUAAGAAGAAACACGGGGUCUUCAAGACCUCGGUUAAGCUCUGGAGAAACUUUGUGAAAGGGCUUCAAAUAUACUCGGACCCAGAGCAGGCUUUUGUUCCUUGCAGGACACUGGAGAGGUGAAAGUAGCUGUUUCUAAAAGUUCAAAUUCUUGACUCCCAGAUUUUGCAGGGAGUGCUGUGGAUUUUCCCAGCCUUGACGUUGAUUUUAUUAAAAAUAUUUAUAUAAUACGUUUCAGCCCUCAAAGGGGACCCCAAGACCAUAAACAGGCAUCUUAAUACAAUGAAAUGAAUGAAACCACCAUCAGUUUACUACAGUUAAUUGUCCAGAAAUAUAUCAGCACAGUACACCCAAAUCUUAAACACUGGUGUGGUUGUAGUUGUUUUAAAAAGUCAUAGAAUUGUAGAGUUGGAAGGGACUGUGAGAGUCAUCUAGUCCAACCCCGUGCAAUGCAGGAAUAUUUUGUCCAAUGUGGGGCUCGAACCUGCAACCCUGAGAUUAAGGGUCUCAUGCUCACGGGCAGCAUCUUCAGCUUGUGCAUAAAAAUAACUGGCAUGCCUUGAUUUCUAAGCCAUCACGCAUUUUCUAACAGGCAGCUCAGUAACUCUUCCAUGCACAGCGGGGAAACUGGGAAGUCCUUGAAACAGAACAGCACAGCUGAGCUUCAGAAGACGCCGGAAGAAAAAGGUGCCUGGAAAUUAACAGAAGCGGACACUGCCAAGACUGGGAAGGUGAGAGGUGAAUUGAUUAUUUCCUUCAUUUGUGAAAAUCUCUUGGUUUCCAGCAACUUACGAUGCCGGCUUGUCACCACGCCACACCUUGGCUGUGUAUUGCCUACACCAAGAGUAGCUAACAUGGUGCUGCUCCCUCCAACCACCCAGCUCCCUUCAGCCCAAGCCAGCAUGGCCAGUGGUGGCCCAGAAUAAUGUGCGUUGUAUGGCACCAAACUGGCUGCCCUUGGCCUACACUGCUCUGCAGAGGCUCUUGAGCAGGGGUCAGCAAGGUUUACCUUUCCUGGGCCGGUUCACUCCUGCAGAGAUUGCUCCGUGGGCUGGAUGGAUUUCCGGCAUGUGCGCAGACAUGAUUUCCGGCAUUGGCACAUGCGCAGACGCAAUUUCCGGCACCACAGAAGCGAGUCCUGGCUCCGCGCUGCGCCGGUUUAACACAGCAUGUGGGGAUUCACCGAGCAGGCGGCUUGGUUCGGGGGUGGUUCAUGGGCUAUUUAAACGACCCCGGUGGGCCGCUUUUGGCACAUGGGCCACAGGUUGCCAACCCCUGCUCUUGAGGGUUUCAGCCAGGGGUUGAGCCUGGGACACUCGUAAUGCACAGCAUGUUUUCUGCCAUUGUCCAGCUCUUCCCCCAAAGGGAGCAGCAACCUUUCAAUCAAGCAAGUUGGUUCACACACACACACAAACUGAUGAUGAGUAGCUUCAAUUAAAAAUAAUAAUAAUUAAGAGCCCUCCUCCAUUGUUUUGCUGUAGGAGACACCCGGUUCUGAAGACAAGAACUGGAGUUUGGAGUCUCUGUUUGGGGGACCGUUUUUAAAGCUCCUAGCAUCUGUUCAUCCCGUUUUCAAGCCUUUGAGUUGCGCCUAGCUAAGUUAUACUGAGUGUAGACCCACUGGUAUUAAUGAACCUAAAUUAGUCAUACCCAAUGAUUUCUGUGGGUCUACUCUGAGUAGGGCUAGCAUUGGACACAGCUGGAAGGGGUGGGUGGGAGGGGAAGAACUGCUGCCCAGCUCAUCUGUGGCACCCUUUUAAUUAGAGAGACUUUUCAGCCAACCAAUUAAUCAGUCGAACAGCACAGCCUUCAUUAUAUGAGCACAACUACUUUGAAGCCGUUUCAAGAGUUGUCCGACCCCAGAAAUGUUUUUACUCUCCGGGUUGUUUUUGUGUUUUGUUUCGUUUCUUUAAAAGAUGCCAUGAGCUUCUAGCUUGGCUCCUGGAGCCUGGAAGACCUGGAGUCCAGACAUCUGGCCCCACUCCAAGUUUCCACUGUCAAGCGCAGGUCCUUAAUUCCUGCGGACCAAGGGCAUGUGUAUGUUUGUCUUUCCCUGAUGGGAGGCCUGCGAACCAGGCUGCAGCUGCUGCUGCUUCUAAAGAAACACUUUUCUUCAGCAACCUACAUUUUUAGAAUGGUACCUUGGUUUUCAUACAGAAUGCGUUCCAGGAGUCCAUUUGACUCCCGGAACCAUUCAAAAACCAAAGUGCGGCUUCCGAAAAUCAUUUGAAAACUGGAAUGCUCACUUCCGGGUUUCGAUUGUUGGGGAGCCAAUUUGUUCAGGAGCCCAAGCCAUUCAGCUUCCAAGGUACGACUGUACAUUUAAUUGCACCUCAGCUCUGGAGCUGCAGCCCAGUUCUGAAAAAUGGUGCAGUCUCUCCUUGUUGGGUCAACUGCAGAUGAUAAUAAUAAUAAUUCAUUAUAUAUACCCCGCCCAUCUAGCUAGGUUUCCCCAGCCACUCUGGGUGGCUUCCCACAAAAUAUUAAAAUACAGUAGCCCGUCAAUCAUUAAAAGCUUCCCUAAACAGGGCUGCCUUCAGAGUCUGUUAUAGAACAGGGGCAGGCAACCUGUUGCCCUCCAGAGUAGCCUUCUUCAAUUGUGGGUCCACAGAUGUUGCUGGACCACGUAUCCCACCAUCCCUGGUCCUUAGGCCAUGCUAGCCGGGGCUGAUGGGAGUUGUAGUCCAGCAACAUCUGGAGGGCAACUUCUGGAGGUUGCCCAUCCUUGCUCUCCUUGUGCGUUUGGGGCCUGAAAGCAGGAAAAUGCCAGUAGAAUGUGCAUGGUAAUAUGGAAUAUAAUCUGGUGCUGGAGGGAAAGCUUUCCAGUUCAAGCUUGCACAGCUUCUGUUCUGCUUGCACAGCUUCUGUUUACUUAAACGGGCAUAGUGCUGAAAUAUUUAUUUUUAUUAUUAGUUUGCAUACUGCCCUUCGUCCUUAGAUCUCAGGGCAGUUCACAAUACUCUCCCCCAACGGUAUCCCAUUUGUUAGGCGAGUCUUACCACAUUUAACAACACCUCUCACAGCUUUAUGAUUGAACCACCCCCAGUGUGGUACUUUCAAGGCAGAGACGUGUAGCCCUUGCACUCGUCCUACUAGUCUUUUAAAGUAGCUUCUGAGGAGCUGGUGGUGGAAGCCAAAACGGCCGUUUGCUACAAUUUGUCCCUGCAAUUUAAUUAUGAUUGUCAAGUUUGAUUUUUACAUGGUUUUUAGACAUCAGGGUAAAACGAAACGGCACAUAGACAUACUUUCGUUAUUAACUUUGUAAAUAAGAUUAAUUAAUUUGAAGUUUGUAUGGUUUUAUACCAAGUCCAAGAACUACAAAAUAAGUGGUUGGUUAGUAUAUGUUUUGCCACCCCCCCAUACAUUUGAUGUUGUGUGCAUUUUGUUGUUGUUGAGCACAUUAAUAAAACCGCCUCUGCAGCACUCCCCACCCCCCCAAGCACUCUCCUCUCUGGAAACAGGUCUUAGUGACACUUGGAGUGUGCUCUUCCUCCUUUUCCGGGUGUUAGAAAUCGUAGCUCCAGGACCUUCUUGGCAGCUCUUCAUGGGCUAGCACAAGCGCUGACUCUGUUUCCCCCUCGAACUUUGAGCCCGACGGGGAUUUGCACUCGGGUCCCGCCUGUGGGCUUCCCACAGCACCUGUCUCGACGGCUGGCAGCUCGACAGCACCCAGAGGGGUCGUGUCGGGAUAAAGAAACCAAGUGAGAUGAGAGGGGGGACCGUGGAGGGUUUAGACGACUAAGAAGCCUAUGCAGAGCAAGAGGGGCGAAGGAUUUUGGCAGGGCGGGAGCGAAUUAAGAGUCAAAGUUGGGAGUUGCGUCCCAAGAGUGGUGUGCUAAGUCCGAUCCCUUCUGUGUUUAGGUGAAGCCGGCUGUCUACUGGGAGUACAUGAAAGCCAUUGGACUCUGCAUCACCUUCAUGAGCAUCUUCCUUUUUCUCUGCAACCACAUAGCCUCACUUGCUUCCAACUACUGGCUAAGCCUGUGGACGGACGACCCUGUUAUCAAUGGGACGCAGCAGCACACAGACCUCCGGCUGGGAGUGUACGGAGCGCUGGGAACGUCUCAAGGUCUGCUUGCAAUCUCUCUUGGUUCUCGUCACCUUGCUCAGUUUAUCCAACUCCUCUGAAGGAGUUCCUCCACCUCCAGUUUGGGCCCGGCUUGCAGUCCUGAUUUGGGGAUUCUCAUAGGUGUAGGGAUGCAGGAAGCUGCCUUAAGACAAGCAGACCAUUGGUCCAUCAAGCUCAGUUCAAUACUCCCUGGCACCUGCAUUCUGGGGACCUCCUGCUAACAAUCGGAUGCUCUGCCCCUGAACUAUGGCCGUUCCCUUAUCUGGCUGGCCACGGUGAGAACAGGAGGCAGGGAUGGGUGGUCCUUUGGCCUGAUCCAGAAGGGCUCCUGUCACGUGCUCGUGUUCACUGCCUGCAGUAGCAAUCCUGCUGGUUUCCUCCUUCUCCCCUUGUUUGUGGGGCCUGGAAUAGGGGGCCUUUGCACGUAAGUCAGCAACCUCGAAUAGGCGUCAAGGGAGUUGCCCUGGGCCUCCUGGCAGGAGCACCCUUUGCUUGAGGACACGGCGACAUUUGAUUCUGUUUGGCAACGUUUCUCCAAGCUUUUCCAAGAGCUCAGUGGCUGGGAAGGGUUCAGUCCAGGUCGUGGCUCCGAAAGAUCACAGACAGGAGGGAAGCUGGGGUCGGGCUGCUUCCUGGCUUUCUUCUGCAGAGAAUGGUAAACCCUUUAGAAAGAAGUGUAUUCUGAGUUGGGGAUUCCUGUGGUCUGGGAGGCAGAAGGGCUUAGCCCAAGUUCUAGCUCCUCCUCAGGGCACAACCAGUUUUCUGGCACUGGGUGCUGAGCCGAGGGGCACCACGACAAUAACAGAACAGAAGGCAAUAGAUGGAUUGCCUCCCCCCCCCCCCCCCCGUUUAGGGCCUGCACCUCUCUCCUCUCCCCACCCCCCUCACACAUGCACCCCUUAAACCUUAGACCGCCCCACAGUCUCUCAGGACAUCCCUGUCUUUAUUCAGCUCCUUGCAGAAAAGAAAUUCAUGGCAAACGCAAAAUGUGAAACCCUGCAGAAGAAAAUCCUUCAGCGGAACUGUGGAGUAGUUUUCGACAGUGGUAGGCUCCAUUCACGAGCCCGCUGUGUUAAUAAGGUCUUCAGUCCGUUCGUUCAUAAGCAAAGUUGAAGGGAAAGACACCGUCACUUAAGGGUGUUUUUUGUGCCUGUCUCCCUAAAGGUAUUGCCGUGUUUGGCUACUCCAUGGCUGUUUCGAUUGGAGGGAUAUUUGCUUCCCGCCGUCUCCACGUCAACCUGCUCCACAACAUUCUGCGGUGCCCCAUGAGCUUCUUUGAGCGGACGCCCAGUGGGAAUUUGGUGAACCGGUUUUCCAAAGAAAUCGACACCAUUGACUCCCUCAUCCCCCAGAUCAUCAAGAUGUUCAUGGGCUCCAUGUUUAAUGUCAUUGGGGCCUGCAUCAUUAUCCUCUUGGCCACGCCAGUGGCUGCUGUGGUCAUUCCUCCCCUGGGAUUCAUCUACUUCUUUGUACAGGUAUGCAAAGCUCUUGUCCCUGGUUCCAGCUUUUCCUCAGACUUCCCCUUAGCCAAGCUGGUUCUUGGUGAGACCGUGUUAGCAAACUCCGCAGUUGGCUGCCGCUUCAAGCGGGAAUCUUCAUUCAGUCCUUUAAGCCAGUGUUUGUCAAACAUGGUUCCCCACCAGUCGUUGUUGGACUACAACCCCCAGCAUCCCUGACCACCGGUCCUGCUAGCUAGGGAUGAUGGGAGUUGUAGUCCAGAGCAUCAUGAAGACACCAGGUUGGUGUGGCAUAGCAGUGGGUGCCGCUCCUUCUAAUAUAAUCACAACCCCUCUUGUGUGCUCUUCCAUCAAAGAAUAAGCUGGCCACACUUACGCCAGACAUUCGCUGUGUGUCUUUCUCCGUCACACCUUUUAGGAGGUUUACUGCUCAUUAGCCAAGUAACCAAAGCUUCUCAGAUUGCUUAUUUGGUGAAGGAACCAAAUAAGAGUCUGCUGGGCAGGCACAAGGUACUUCUUGGCAGAACCAGUCUUGGAUCAGUGACUGCUCAACUUAAAUAUACAAAGCAGGAUAUCAAAAAUAGAUGAAUUGAUGUCAAAGUGCUGCAAGCAAAUAAACAAAAUCUAACUACAGUGGUACCUCGGUUUCCGAAUGUAAUCUGUUCUGGAAGACCGUUCGAGUUCUGAAACAUUUGAAAACCGAAAACUCAAUAGCCGACAGCUAGGCCUCUUGACCUUGCACUUGGUGGAAGCUGUGUGACAUCUUUGACUUCCGAGGUGUGUUCAAAAACAGAAGCAUUUACUUCUGGGUUUACGGCGUUCAAAAACCGAAACGUUCGUCAACGGAGGUGUUCGAAAACCGAGGUACCACUGUAUAAUGAAAAUUCAUAGUUCCCAGAGUCAAUGCUGGGGAUUUUCUUCUGUAAUCAUACAACCAGUGCUUUUUUUCUUUAAAAAAAUGUUUAGGGGUACUCUCACUUUGACUCAAGAAGAUCACCAUUUUAUAGUUCAAAUCAGGAAAAAUAAAUACAGGUAAUGGACAAAAGUACAAAGAUUCACAAAAUGUUUAGGGGUAUGCACUGCAUAUAACUAAUAUAACCUCAUUGCCCUUCCUUGAGGGUGCAUUUGUUAGGACCUUUAAAGCUCUAAACGGCCUCAGCCCAGUAUACCUGAAGGAGCGUCUCCAUCCCCAUCGUUCAGCCUGGACACUGAGGUCCAGCGCCGAGGGCCUUCUGGUGGUUCCCUCAUAGCGAGAAGUGAAGUUACAGGAAACUAGGCAGAGGGCCUUCUCAGUAGUCACGCCUGCCCUGUGGAACGCCCUCUCGUCAUAUGUCAAGGAAAUAAACAACUUUCUGACUUUUAGAAGACAUCUGAAGGCAGGUCUUUAUAGGGACAUUUUUAAAUGUUUCAUGUUUUAUUGUGUUUUUAUAUUUGUUGGAAGCCAUCCAGUGCAGCUGGGGCGACCCAUUCAGAUGAGCAGAAGAUAACUCCUACUAUUAGUUCAUUUGCUAGAGGCCUCCAUAUUUCUCUUUCCUCACUUGGCCAGUUCAUUGUGCCUGCAGCUGCUUCUCCAUCAUGGAGGAGUUCCAGCUCCAUCUUGGAAGCACAACGUCUGGCUUCUAGGGUGAAAAUAAUAUAUGUAGAGGUCCUUUCCCAAAAGGCAGCAAGCAUCCUUCAUAUUUAUCGAUGCCAGAGAUACAAAUUCACCAUUCUGCUUCCCCAUCCCCAUGCACAGAGACAGCAGGAAAUUUAAUCCUCGCUUAAACGGCAGGAUGAACGGGUGCAGAAUUGAAGCGGGUUUCCUGUUGUGGUAGUGAAGCAGUGCGUGUUUGUUGCAUGCAGCGCAGUUUCCAGUCCGCUGCAGUUCAGCUUCUGACAACAUUAUGCAUCUUUGUGUCUGCUGCAGCAAAAUGUCACAUCAUUGACUAUGUCAUAAAUUACACAUUUCAUUGCAGCAUUACAUUAUUCCACACCCAGUCAUUUCAGUGCAUGGGUCAUUCAUGUCAGUGCAGGGGAAACACAGUGCAAAUGGGUGAGGUCAGGAAAGUCAGCGUUUAUAUAUAGUUUAUGGGCUGAAAAGCAGCAGCUGCAGCAGCUUAGAGGGAUCAUAUUCCCUGGAUUGAUUUGCAUCCCAGACACAGGACAGUUUCCACUCCUGUUUCCGUCAGGAUUCCCUGACAUCCCCAGCUACAGCUCCCAAUCAUCCCUGAGCAUUGGCCGCACUGGGAGGGGCUGGUGGGAGUUGUAGUUCGCGUUGGCUAUCAGGAGCAAAGUGGGUGCGAGCGGCCUCUUACCCAUCGCCUUGAUUUCUCUGACCUGGCCCUUUCCAGCGCUUCUACGUAGCCACUUCCCGCCAGCUGAAGCGCCUGGAGUCGGUCAGCCGUUCCCCGGUCUACUCCCACUUCAACGAGACGCUGCUGGGGGUCAGCGUCAUCCGAGCCUUCGAAGAGCAGAAGCGCUUCAUAAAGCAGAGCGACGUGAAGGUGGACGAAAACCAAAAAGCUUACUACCCAAGCAUUGUCGCCAACAGGUGGGUGGACGACCCAAGGAACGUUGGGUUUGAGUUAAAGAAAUCUUUUCCCUGCUACCAGUCUGUAUGAGUACAGUGGUACAGGUUAAGAACUUAAUUCAUUCUGGAGGUCCGUUCUUAACCUGAAACUGUUCUUAACCUGAGGUACCACUUUAGCUAAUGGGGCCUCCUGCUGCCACUGCACCACCGCCGCACAAUUUCUGUUCUCAUCCUGAAGCAAAGUUCUUAACCCGAGGUACUAUUUCUGGGUUAGCGGAGUCUGUAACCUGAAGUGUCUGUAACCUGAAGUUUCUGUAACCCAAGGUACCACUGUACCUGGGGGAUUUCAUACACAUUGGUCCUUCAGCUCCAACAACACUCCAGUGGAGCUGGUUCAGAAUUUGAGGCCCUCUGCUGGACAUUUGUGGAGGCGAGCAGAAUCGUUCCAGAGUCCCAAACUCCAACCGCUAGUUAAAAUUGGGGCACCUUGAGCAUGUCAGCUGAUCCUGAGGAUCUGUUUCCUAAGUGUCGACCAGCUUUUAAUUCCAUGUGCAAGCUUUUCACAACCAACUACACGCCCAUAUACACUAGUAGCCAAAAUUGGGGAAACCUUUUGGGAAAAGUGUAUUUCCUUUUUUUUUUCCUCCCAAAAAAUUAUUGAUUUUCACAUUUCUAACAAAUGUGACGUAUAAACCACACACAAAAAAACACAUCACAAUACUAAAAGAAAAAAGAAAGAAAAAUAUAAACACAUAUUACUUUCAAAACCCAUUUUAACUUUCAUUGUUAUCUGACUUCCUCAAAUCCCCCCAACUGAAAUUCAUUGUAUCAUGGAAAAAGUGUAUUUCCGAGAUUUGAUGGCUCGUAAACCACUUUUUUUGGAGUAAUACCAUAAAAUUAUGUAUCAGUGGAAAGAUAAUUUAAUGAAGAAUGUAAUGUAAUAAUGUUUGUUCAAUUAUCUGUAUUCUAUCAAACGUUAUAGCCAAAUAACCAGAAAAAGGAGUGUUUAGAGAGCCGCUCAGGUGUUUUGGCAAUGAUGGCUCAUAGCACCACUUUUUUAACUUCACUUUGCGCAUGUGAUUUACAGCUGGUUGGCUCCUGACACCCAUCAUCUGAAGACCACUGCCCUGUCCUCACUUGAUGCACCAAAUAAAGCAGGUUUUUGCCUACAGGAGCUCAUGGCACUGUAAACCCCCUGGUCUCUUUAAACCAGAAAGAUUAAUAUGGCUGCAUUUGCAGAAAGAUCAAUUCCAAAGGGCGUUGAUGGGCUUUAAAAUUCUGCCUUCAUCUGCUGGAUGACCACCAGGAAAUGCUCGAUCCGAGCCUGCAGUACAUUCCUCAUUAAAUUAUAUUUCCAUUGAUAUAUAAUUUUAUGGCAUUACUCAAAAAGAAAAAAGAAAAAAAGGUGGUGUUAUGAGCCAUCAAACCCUUUCCCAAAAGUUUUCCACAAUUUUGACCACCAGUGUAUACUGCUCCCCCUGUUUCUCUCUCCCCCCUGCCCUGCAGGGAUCGCUCUCUCCCCCCCCCCCCCCCCGUCCUCACGCAGGUGGCCUGCAAGGGCCUGGUCGGUAUUAAAAGAAGCCCCCUCUUUCCUUCCAGGUGGCUCGCAGUCCGGCUGGAGUACGUUGGGAACUUCAUCGUCCUCUUCGCCUCUCUCUUCGCCGUCAUCGCCCGCAAUAGCCUGAGCCCUGGACUGGUCGGGCUCUCCAUCUCCUAUUCGCUGCAGGUAGCUCAUGGAAAACAGGCUGGGUUUGCUUUUUGAGCAGAAGCCUAAUAAUCUUUUUAAGAAAACCUUUUUGAGAGGUGCAGUUCUUCAUACUUGGUGGCUAAGCGUUUUGUAAAGCUACAUAGAUAAUUCAGCAAGUUGUGCUUUUUAGGUAGCAUUUAGCGAAAGGUUAGGAGAUGUUAAGGGAGCAAUCCUGUUGCUUUCUGGGAAGGCGACUGAGGGUGCUGUAGGCACCCUCUUCUGCAAGAAAGUGAGGUCAAUCGCUGGAGGCAGUCUCAGUGUGAUGGAGGCAGGGUAUAUACAAGGAGGCAGUGGACCCAUAGAAUCUAUGCAGUCCCCUGGCCCUAGUACAGGAAUUGGCCCUCCAGAUGUUGCUAGGACUACAACUCCCAUCACCGCCCCCACCAGCAUGGUCAGGGACAUAGCUGUCAACUUUUCCCUUUUCUUGCGAGGAAUCCUAUUCUGAAUCAGGGAAUUUCCCUUUAAAAAAGGGAAACGUUGACAGCUAUGGUCAGGGAUGAUGGAUGCUGUAGUCCAUAACAUCUGAAGGUUCUCAAUCGCUGCCCUAAAACCAUGCCACUCAUCGAGCUGGCCUGGUUAAUCUGUGGGCAGGGGUGAGGAAAAAUAAGCCACCAGACCCCCUUCCCAACCACCACCUGACCUGGCAGGGGGCUUUGGAUGCAACAGUAGCUCCACUGUGGAAUUUCUCUUCUUCAUCCCCGGCCGCCCAGGUAAGAUACUUGUGUUAAAAAGAUAGUACUUGCAAUAAAACAAUUCCAGCCCCCAAACGAGGAGCUGUUCUGUCUGUGCUCUGAGUCUGGGAAUUAACAUUCAGACAUUAGGUCUUUCCUCUUGCAAUUCUGAAAUUCUGCUUGAUCUGAGCCUGUCUCUCUUUUUCUGCAUGUGCAGAUUGGCUCUUAUAAACAAAGACAGCAUGCCUGAGACCAACUCAGCCCUCCUUGUUAAACAAGGCAGUGCUUCAUGAAGAUGUAGACUUUUUAAUGGUUUGCCAAAACCAUUUCAAAAUUUUCACCCGGAGAUAGAGGAGGAGAUAACGUCUGAAACAAUACACAAGUCUUCAAGUGUGUUCAGCAGGCAGAACUUGAAUGGGCAGCUUGCUGGGAUGUAUGCAAAACACAUAUUUGGGGCCUCUGUUUGUUUUUGUUAGAUCACCACUUACUUGAAUUGGUUGGUUCGCAUGUCGUCCGAGAUGGAAACAAACAUCGUUGCUGUGGAAAGAGUCAAAGAAUACUCCGAGAAGGAGAAAGAGGUAAGUUUAAGACCGCUCCUCUAGCUGCAGUUUUGAGGGUGCAUUGUAAGUCUGUAGGUUACCCAGGUACAGGGAUCUGCAUUUCCUGCUGGUCUCCCAGCAGAUGAGGGCUGAAUUUUAAAGCCCAUUGAUGCCCUUUAGAAUUGAUCAUUCUGCAGAUGCAGCCAUAUUCGUCCUUCUGCUUUAAAGAGGCCAUGGGAUUUACAGUGACGUUAACUCUGCUUUAUUUGGUGCAUCAAGUGGACACUGGGCUUCAGAUGAUGGGUGUCAGGAGCCAGCCAGCAGUAAAUCACAUGGACAAAGUGAAGUUAACUCUUUAUUGGAAAAACGGGAUCUGCACAGGGGUGACCUAUAGAAAGCACCUGAAGGCAGCCCUGUACAGGGAAGAUAUUAAUGGUUGAUGCUUUAUUGUCUUUUUUAGUGGCUAGGGCAACCCAAUCAGAUGAGCGGCAUGUAAAUAAUAAAAUUAUUAUUAUUAUUACUACUGCAAUUAUUACUAUGCACAGCAACUCUGUUUCUGAGGCCAAAAAUGUAGCAUUUGGCUCCAGGUUGCUAUGCCAGAGGACUGGGGGUGAUAUGGUGGUAUAAAAUACUGGUAAAUUGGUUGGGGAUAAUUCAAAUGGAAAUUCCCAGGUGUCCCCAAAAAAAGGCUAUUUAUGUAUGCCACUACUGCGGCCCGUGUUUCAUUAGCCCCCAAACUGAAAACGAGCAAGGUCCCAACUAAAGAAGAACGGCAACUUAAGCUGAUGGAAUAUGCGCAGCUUGCAGACAAUAUAUAAAAUAAGAAAACAAGAAGAAAGUGCGUUUAGAGAAGAUUGGAAAAUGUUUAUUGAAUAUAUGGGAGGGAUUUGUGUACACUUAGAAACGCUGGCAGCAUUAAGAUCAAUUCAACAGUGUAAAUAAGUUUUGAUGGAUGUAAUAAUGGAAUACUGAAUGGUUUGGUUUAUGUAAAGAAUGCAGGGAUUUAUGAUAUGCAAAAUGAACCAUGGGAAGAGAAGAAAGGAAGUCACUGAAUAGCUGCCCUGCUAAGUCAGACCAGAGGUCCAUCUUGAGUAGCAUCCUGGUUUUCUGCCGUGGCUCUCGGGAAGCUCACAAGCAGAGCAGGAAGCAUGAGACUCUUAAUCUCUGGGUCGUGGGUUCGAGCCCCACAUUGGGCAAAAGAUUCCUGCAUUAGAGGGGUUUGGACUAGAUGAUUAUUGUGGUCCCUUCCAACUGCAUUCUACUUUCUACAGUCAUGGAUGAUGGGAGGUGGUUCUCCCCCAUGCUGUUGGGGUCUACUAGGUGGCACAUCAGAGGCUAAUAAUGGAAGCCCCUGGCUUUUUUUCUUUCUCUCAGGCAGAGUGGACCAUUAAGCAAACGGCCCCACCAAGCAACUGGCCCCACGAAGGCAAGGUGGAGUUCAAAGGCUAUGGCCUUCGCUACAGGGACAACAUGGAUUUGGUCCUGAGGGACAUCAACAUCACCAUAGAUGGAGGAGAAAAAGUGAGUGCCGGGACUCAUUAAUGGACACUGAAGCCGGGGGGGGGAGUUAAGAAGGCAGAGAAGGUGCUCUUGUAGGAAAGGGGAGGAGGGAGGGAAGUGGAGCCUCUACAAAGCCUUAAAUGGCUCAGGGCCGCAGUAUCUCAAGGACCACCUCUCCGCAUAUGAACAGUCCCUGACACUGCAUUCAUCAUCUAAGGCCCUUCUUCUUGCGCCUCCUCCAUGUGAUGUCUGGAGGGUGGCAACACGAGAACAGGGCCUUCUCUGUAGUGGCUCUCCAUCUGUGGAAUUCUCUCCCCAGGGAAGUUCACCUGGCACCUUCGUUGCGUAUCUUUAGGUGCCAGGCAAAAACAGUUCCUCUUCAACCAGGCCUUGGUAAAAUCUAUGGCCUUUCAAAGGUGUUUGCAGGAGGGUUUUGAUUUACUGUAAAUAUUUUUGUGUUUUCAUUCUGCAUUUAAUGUGGUAAACCGCCCUGUGAUCUCUGGGCGACAUAUAUAAAUUUAAUAAAUAAAGGAAGAGCUGAGGCUGAAAAGAAACUGUGUGGAAGGGAAAGCUGGAAAGGCAGAAUUUGUGGGAGGUGAGAGGAGACAAUAAAGGAGCCUUGAUCAAGAAGAGUAUCAAAGAUAGAGGGGUUUUUUUUAGGGCUGCCUGGCAUGUUACUUUUUGAAGAUGUGAAGGACACGCGCACACACACACACCCCUCGCCCAUUGCCUCUCCAUGUCUUCAGGCAACUUGAAACUUAAAACAGCAGUUUCAAGGGUGGGCGUUCCGUUUUCCAAGACUCCUGUGUGCCAGGGAGUCCAUAAAGCAGGGCCAGGGAACCUGUGGUCUUUCAGCUGUUGUGUGGCACUUCUGCUCCCAUCAGCAGGGAUGAUUCAAACUGCAUUUCAGCAUCCGGCUCGGCCGCAGGUGUUCCCUGGCCGUGCCAUAACAAAUGGAGCUUCUUUCCCGCUUUGCAGAGCUGCAGUGUUUUCCAAGCAGAGCUUGCUAGUCCAGGUUUCUUAAAAGAAGUCUCUUCCUUCCUCAGUCUGGAGGGGAUGGGCAGGAAGAUCCCCUUCAGAUACAGCCUGCAUCCUUCGUCCUCUUGGCUCCAGCCUUGCUUUCCAGAACUAAGAGCAUCGUGGCUCCUUCCCCUCCCCCACCCCCUUCUGCCCUUCUCAAUAGGUGGGCAUCGUUGGGAGAACAGGAGCUGGAAAGUCGUCCCUCACUCUCGGCUUGUUCCGCAUCAACGAGGCAGCCGAAGGGGAGAUUCUCAUUGAUGGGAUUAACAUUGCAAAGAUUGGGCUCCACGACCUUCGCUUCAAGGUCACCAUUAUCCCCCAGGUAAGCGGGAAUCUCUGCUCAUGCCCACAAUUUGACUAUUUCGUUAGGAGCCGUGCUUUCUAACUCCUUUGGUUGUGUUCACUGCUUAUGCCGCCUCGUUACAGGCGUGAGUCCACCGAUCUUAAUGGGUGCCUGGUUUUAUUUGCUUUCUACAUGCAUAUGCAGUUUCUCUGCCAAAGCAUUUCAGGCGGUGCCAAGAGAGAGAACGCAAGCGCAGAGGGGAAGCAAAUAUUUGCAAGGCCAUGUCAGAUGGCUGAUCAAGGCAGUUUCGGGAGGGAGUUGGUCUUUGCUGGCAUGAGUAAAGGGCAAGCCCAGCUUGUGUGUUGGCUCAUAUACGUUCUUGAUGAAUUUACUUUCAAAUGGUCUCUGAAGUUGCUCUGUAGAUGGAGGGUGGAGCCCCAUUUUUUUUUUUGCACACAUGUAAGGGGCAGGUAGGGAUGCGGGUGGCGCUGUGGGUUAAACCACAGAGCCUAGGGCUUGCCGAUCAGAAGGUCGGCGGUUCGAAUCCCCGUGACGGGGUGAGCUCCCAUUGCUCGGUCCGUGCUCCUGCCCACCUAGCAGUUCGAAAGCACACCAAAGUGCAAGUAGAUAAAUAGGUACCGCUCCGGCGGGAAGGUAAAUGGUGUUUCCAUGCACUGCUCUGGUUCACCAGAAGCGGCUUAAGUCAUGCUGGCCACUUGACCCAGAAGCUGUACACUGGCUCCCUCGGACAGUAAAGCGAGAUGAGCGCCGCAAUCCCAGGGUCGGCCACAACUGGACCUAGCGGUCAGGGGUCCCUUUACCUUUACCUUUUUAAGGGGCAGGUGGGCCUCAUCAACCUGGGAAGGAAGCCCAUCUAGGAGAAGGAAAACUCUGAUCCUAACCUGUUGCAGGAUAUCUUUGGGGAAGAGAAGAAGGCUAAGGGGUAAACCCUACACAAAUCUAGUUGGUUGGACGGCGCCUUGUACGCCUCCUUCCAGCAACUCCCGCAUCCAUGCUGGUGCCAAACGUCUUGCUCUGCUUUCCUUUGGGCUGAGAGGGGAGUCUUGUCGUCUGGGCAGCCCAAGACCCCCAUGCACACUGCCCAGGCUUCCAUCAUGGGGAGGUCUCUUCGGUGCUGCAAGCGCAGCAGUUUGACUUCACUCCCAGAGGCGCACUCCAUUGUCGUAUCGAGACAGACGGAUGCCAACAGGAUAUAUACGCAUGAACCUAAGAGGAGAUUAAACUUGUGCCUACAAAGGAAUGCUCUAGCAGCUGCUUGCUCCUCUUGUUUCUUCGUAAAGUGCAAAUGUGCACAUUAAUUUCUGAAAAGAUUUGGACGCACAACCGGUGGCCUCUGGUUCCUACAGUACACCCACAUUGCAUUCUUGUUAGUGUGUAACCCACUAGUCCCAUGGACAUGACCUCUGCUGAGAUCUGCCCAGUCCUGCUGCCAAGACUGAUUUCUAGAUACCCAGGCAGGAAGGAGGUCUCUUGGAGGGCACUUCGCUUGUGGCUCAAGCGUUUCCUGCAUUGGAAGCAUUUGCGUGUAGGUGGAGAGAGGAAAUGGGGUUCUGACUCCCAUCAGCCCCUCUCCGAAUGACCAGCGGUCAGGGAGCAUGGGAGUUGUAGGCUAGCAACAUUUUGAGGGCACCAUGUUGUCUACCUCUGUUGUAGACUACUAAUGCGCACACCUACCUUAUUAUAAAUUUCUGAAAUGUGCACUGCAGACCUGAUUGAUGGCUUUCUGUAUCCAAACAGGACCCCAUCUUGUUUUCUGGCUCCCUGCGCAUGAAUCUGGACCCUUUCGACCAAUACUCCGAUGAAGACGUCUGGACGUCUUUGGAACUCGCUCACUUGAAAAACUUUGUCUCGGCACUCCCUGAUAAACUCAACCACGAGUGUUCCGAAGGAGGAGAGAACCUCAGGUAUUGUACAGUUUCUGCCCCUUUUUAUUUUCCUUUCCAAUCCCGCUAUCUUAGGUUUCCCCAGCUGUUGGUUGGACUACAACUCCCAUCAUCCCUAGCUAGCAGGACCAGUGGUCAGGGAUGAUGGGAGUUGUAGUCCAACAACAGCUGGGGACCCAAGAUUGAGAAACACUGAGCUACAACAUUAACCUCUUUGUGCCAUUCUGGAACCCUGGGCAUCUGUGUGUGCAAGUCUGGCUGAGGGUAGCAACGUUUGGAUACCCUUUUCACUCUCACUUCUUUUAAGACCAAGUCCCACACUGUAAAAAAACCCCUAACCUCUCAGUGCAAAACCCACAUUUUGUCCAUAUAAUAUGUUGUAAUGGCACACUCCCUUGGGCCGUAAAAGAGUCCUCACUUUAGGAGCAUUGGGUGAGGACACGUAAUUGCACAAAAAGCUUAAGUCUAAUACAAUUAUACCUUGCCUCCUGAAAACCUUAGGAGUCGAAUGUUCCAGCUCCCGAGCGAUCAAAAACCGGGAGUGUUCUGGUUUUCGAACGUUAUUUAGGAAGCUGAACGUCUGAAGGGGCUUCCACGGCUUCCGAUUGGCUGCAAGAAGCUUCCUACAGCCAAUCAGAAGCCGUGCUUUGGUUUUGGAAGUCGAGCGGACUUCCGGAACGGAUUCUGUUCAACUUCCAAGGUAUGACUGUACUGGAAUCCAAAUCAAAGCGAAAUCCUGCGAAAUCUGGUUCUUAGGGUUUUGCCCGGCUUUUUAACAGAGGAUCUAUUUGGUUGUUUUCCUCAUGAUCACAGAAUGCAGGUUUCUGCCUCCUGUUGGACAUAGAAUACUAAGGAAUGAUGUUAGAUAUUUUUCGAAAGAGCCUGUUGAAUUGAGUUGUGCAGUAGCUUUUAAAUAAGCUGUUUAGAUUUUGUUUUUUACAAAAGGUUGGCCUUUUCUGGGUCCCAGAUCAUGGGUUCACAUUUGCAGCUGCUUUUUCUUUUCGAAAUAAAAGUGAAAGUGGCUAAUUCAAGUAGGUUCUUUAAAAACAUGAUUAAUUAGCUAUUUGGCCCUGAAAUGGACUGUUGUUAGGGAUUCAAUUUUUAAAGUUUUUGUGUGUGUUUUACUCUCUGUCUCCAGUGUUGGGCAGCGACAGCUGGUGUGCCUUGCUCGAGCCUUGCUUCGGAAAUCCAAAAUCCUGGUUUUAGAUGAAGCUACAGCGGCCGUGGAUCUUGAAACAGAUGACCUCAUACAGUCAACAAUCCGGACGCAGUUUGAGGGCUGCACAGUCCUAACGAUAGCACACCGGUUGAACACGAUCAUGGACUAUACACGGUAAAAGUGGAUGAACCAUGCGAGUAUCUGAGGAGAAGAGAGUUUGUAAAGGCUCUAUUGUGUUAGCUUCUGUGUUGUAUACAUCUCUCUCUCUCCUUUAAAAACAAAACAAAACAAAACAAAAAAACCAACCCAUUUGUGCUCUUUCAUCCCUGCUUUACUGAAACCGCUGCUGUUGUUUAAAACUGCCAUUUUGCUUCCAGUGUACCUCCAGGCUUGCUUUACUCAAACUAUUUAUGUUGUUUUAAACAGUCACCAUUUUCCUCUCAGUGUUCUUCCCUUCCAGCUGUACUUAAAUUUCUCCCUUUUUCAUUCCUCAGCUGCCUCGUGUGAGAGGAUAUAGAUGAAAUUAUUAUUAUUAUUAUUAAUAGUCUAUUUAUUUAUUUAUACUCCGUCCCUCUCGCUAAGUUUCCCCAGCCACUCUGGGCAGCUCCCAACAGAAUAUUAAAAGCACGUUAAACCAUCAAACAUUAAAAACUUCCCUAAACAGGGCUGCCUUCAGAUGUCUUCUAAAAGUCAGAUACAGUUGUGUUGUUGUUGUUUAGUCGUUUAGUCGUGUCCGACUCUUCGUGACCCCAUGGACCAGAGCACGCCAGGCACUUCUGUCUUCCACUGCCUCCCACAGUUUGGUCAAACUCAUGCUGGUAGCUUCGAGAACACCGUCCAACCAUCUCGUCCUCUGUCGUCCCCUUCUCCUUGUGCCCUCCAUCUUUCCCAGCAUCAGGGUCUUUUCCAGGGAAUCUUCUCUUCUCAUGAGGUGGCCAAAGUAUUGGAGCCUCAGCUUCAGGAUCUGUCCUUCCAAUGAGCACUCAGGGCUGAUUUUCUUAAGAAUGGAUGCGUUUGAUCUUCUUGCAGUCCAUGGGACUCUCAAGAGUCUCCUCCAGCACCAUAAUUCAAAAGCAUCAAUUCUUCGGCGAUCAGCCUUCUUUAUGGUCCAGCUCUCACUUCCAUACAUCACUACUGGGAAAAUCAUGGCUUUAACUAUACGGACCUUUGUUGGUAAGGUGAUGUCUCUGCUUUUUAAGAUGCUGUCCAGGUUUGCCAUCGCCUUUCUCCCAAGGAGCAGGCGUCUUUUAAUUUCGUGACUGCUGUCACCAUCUGCAGUGAUCAUGGAGCCCAAGAAAGUAAAAUCUCUCACUGCCUCCAUUUCUUCCCCUUCUGUUUGCCAGGAGCUGAUGGGACCAGUGGCCAUGAUCUUCGUUUUUUUGAUGUUGAGCUUCAGACCAUAUUUUGCACUCUCCUCUUUCACUCUCAUUAAAAGGUUCUUCAAUUCCUCCUCACUUUCUGCCAUCAAGGUUGUGUCAUCUGCAUAUCUGAGGUUGUUGAUAUUUCUUCCGGCGAUCUUAAUUCCAGCUUGGGAUUCAUCCAGCCCAGCCUUUCGCAUGAUGAAUUCUGCAUAUAAGUUAAAUAAGCAGGGAGACAAUAUACAGCCUUGCCGUACUCCUUUCCCAAUUUUGAACCAAUCAGUUGUUCCAUAUCCAGUUCUAACUGUAGCUUCUUGUCCCACAUAGAGAUUUCUCAGGAGACAAAUGAGGUGAUCAGGCACUCCCAUUUCUUUAAGAACUUGCCAUAGUUUGCUGUGGUCGACACAGUCAAAGGCUUUUGCAUAGUCAAUGAAGCAGAAGUAGAUGUCUUUCUGGAACUCUCUAGCUUUCUCCAUAAUCCAGCGCAUGUUUGCAAUUUGGUCUCUGGUUCCUCUGCCCCUUUGAAAUCCAGCUUGCACUUCUGGGAGUUCUCGGUCCACAUACUGCUUAAGCCUGCCUUGCAGAAUUUUAAGCAUAACCUUGCUAGCGUGUGAAAUGAGUGCAAUUGUGCGGUAGUUGGAGGAUUCUUUGGCACUUCCCUUCUUUGGGAUUGGGAUGUAGACUGAUCUUCUCCAAUCCUCUGGCCACUGCUGAGUUUUCCAAAUUUGCUGGCAUAUUGAGUGUAGCACCUUAACAGCAUCAUCUUUUAAAAUUUUAAAUAGUUCAGCUGGAAUAUCAUCACUUCCACUGGCCUUGUUAUUAGCAGUGCUUUCUAAGGCCCAUUUGACUUCACUCUCCAGGAUGUCUGGCUCAAGGUCAGCAACCACACUACCUGGGGUAUAUGAGACAUCCAUUUCUUUCUGGUAUAGUUCCUCUGUGUAUUCUUGCCACCUCUUCUUGAUGUCUUCUGCUUCUGUUAGGUCCUUUCCACUUUUGUCUUUUAUUAUGGUAAUCUUUGUACGAAAUGUUCCUUUCAUAUCUCCAAUUUUCUUGAACAGAUCUCUGGUUUUCCCCAUUCUAUUGUUUUCCUCUAUUUCUUUGCAUUGCUCGUUUAAGAAGGCCUUCUUGUCUCUCCUUGCUAUUUUUUGGAAAUCUGCAUUCAAUUUCCUGUAUCUUUCACUAUCUCCCUCGCAUUUUGCUUGCCUUCUCUCCCCCGCUAUUUGUAAGGCCUCAUUGGACAGCCACUUUGCUUUCUUGCAUUUCCUUUUCAUUGGGAUGGUUUUAGUUGCUGCCUCCUGUAUAAUGUUACGAGCCUCCAUCCAUAGUUCUUCAGGCACUCUGUCCACCAAAUCUAAAUCCUUAAACCUGUUCCUCACUUCCACUGUGUAUUCAUAAGGGAUUUGACUUAGAUUGUAUCUUACCGGCGCAGUGGUUUUUCCUACUUUCUUCAGUUUAAGCUUGAAUUUUGCUAUAAGAGAUACAGUUGUACCUCGGGUUAAAUACUUAAUUCAUUCCGGAGGUCUGUACUUAACCUGAAACUGUUCUUAACCUGAAGCACCACUUUAGCUAAUGUGGCCUCCUGCUGCCGCCAUGCUGCCAGAGCACGAUUUCUGUUCUCAUCCUGAAGCAAAGUUCUUAACCCGAGGUACUAUUUCUGUGUUAGCGGAGUCUGUAACCUGAAGUGUCUGUAACCCGAGGUACCACUGUAGUUGUUUAUUUCCUUGACAUCUGAUGGGAGGGCGUUCCACAGGGCGGGCGCCACCACCGAGAAGGCCCUCUGCCUGGUUCCCUGUAACCUCACAUCUCACAGUGGAUGGGGUGGAGGUGAAUACUGGGGCAAACGGGGCUGCAGAACAGAAGUGGUGGCUUAAGAAACAGGCUGGGGAAGGUGAAAAGUGAGCUCCAUAGUUGCAUAGGGCGGGCAGCGAAAGCUCUGCAGGGUUAAUGUAAGGAGGGGAAACAGCAGGGAAGUCGGUGUGUGGAGUGAUCAGGGGCACAGCUCUGCGGAAUCAAGCCUGUGGCCCAUCUAGUCCGGCCUGGUGCCCUCGCAGCGGCCAGCCAGAUGUCCGUGGGAAGCCUGCAAGCUGAGACCAAAGGGCUCCCCAAUUGUGAUUCCCAACGUACUGCCUCUGACAGUGAAGGGAGAACACAGCCAUUGAUAGCCUUGCCCUCUAUGAUUUGUACUUGUACAGUGGUGCCCCGCAAGACGAAUGCCUCGCAAGACGGAAAACCCGCUAGACGAAAGGGUUUUCCGUUUUGGAGGUGCUUCGCAAAACGAAUUUCCUAUGUGCUUGCUUCGCAAGACGAAAAUGUCUUGCGAGUUCCUGCGGGGUUUUUUUCCUUUCCCCCCCUUUUUCCCAAGCCGCUAAACCGCUUAUCAGCUGAUCUUUAAGCCGCUUAACAGCUGAUACUAAGCCGCUUAUCAGCUGAUCUUUAAGCCGCUUAAAAGCUGAUGCUAAGCCACUUAUCAGCUGAUCUUUAAGCCGGCUAAGCUGCUAAUACUGUAGCGCUAAGCCGCUAAACCUCUAAUGGGCUUGCUUCGCAAGACGAAAAAACCCGCAAGACGAAGAGACUCGCGGAACGGAUUAUUUUCGUCUUGCGAGGCACCACUGUAUUUGCAGGUUAUCCCUGUGCAUGGCCAGCGGUGUUGAGUCAGGGAUUAGCCAGUGUGGUGUAGUGGUUAAGAGCAGUGGACUCGUAAUCUGGUGAACCGGGUUCGAUUCCCCGCUCCUCCACAUGCAGCUGCUGGGUGACCUUGGGCCAGUCACACUUCUCUGAAGUCUCUCAGCCCCACUCACCUCACAGAGUGUUUGUUGUGGGGGAGGAAGGGAAAGGAGAAUGUUAGCCGCUUUGAGACUCCUUCGGGUAGUGAAAGGCGGGAUAUCAAGUCCAAACUCCUCCUCCUCCUCUUCUUCUUCUUCUUCUUCUCCUCCUCCUCCUCCUCCUCUGCCCCCUAUUUUGCCCUUGGCUCCCAUUGACUUCCAGCAGAGAAUCAAAACAGACCCUGCAUCUCUGAAUUCUGACCCCACCCCCCUGGAACUGCAAGUGUGCUGACUACAUUUCUGUUUUGUUUUAGGGUGAUUGUCCUUGACAAGGGUGAAAUUGCGGAAUAUGGCUCCCCUGCCAGCCUAAUCCAGAAGAGAGGCAUUUUCUACAGCAUGGCCAAAGACUCUGGCUUGGUUUAACGCCUGGUUCGCGGCUUCUCUCGCUGGGCGUGCAGCUCAGAAGAGGACUGGCGAACCAAACACGGACGAAGACGGCAGCACCUGCCAAAAUCCAUUGCCCAAGAAACUCCAGCCAACCAAUUCCACUCCUUGCAACGUAAUGGAGACACAAGAGGCACAAAAUCUACUUCUCUCCUCUCCUCUACACUUUCCUGACCUUUUAAAGGGUUAGUUUUCAAGCAUAGCGGUAGGGAUGGACAGGUUGUUUCUUGGAGCCCCAAUCCCAUCUAUUUACCUAGAGCAGGGGUGGCUAUAUUUUGGCCCUUCGGAUGCUGCUGGUCUGAGUCCCCUCUGACCCCAUUGGCCACGACCAAAUUGAGUCCUUGGAGGAGGCUUGGCUGAAUUUGUGCCUAAAACAUUGCUCAGCCAUCCUUGUUUUUGUGGCAAGGAGCUCUUGGAGAGACUGGAUAAUUUCCUUUUGAAAACCCAGCAGGGAGAAACCUUUAGGAUGGCUGCUAGAGAGGAUAGAAAUAGCACAGUCCGAAACUUUAACACCAUGAGCAGAAUUGCCAAUUCCAGCACUGGGGCGAGGAGCGAGGGAUUUCCCUUUUAUUCUGAUAAAGCAUGCUUAUUGCAUACAUUUAUCUAGAGCAAUUCUGGCUUGUUUUGAGGAUGGAGGAAAAAAUGAAAAUGGAAGACCAGGUGAUUUUUGUUCUUGGCCGUAGGAAGAUGGAGAUUUGUUUUAUUAUUCCCAAUAACUUCACCCUGUACCAUUAGAUACACAUAUAUUUAACCCUGUGGAUGAAAGAAUCACUCCCAGUUGUAGGCAAAAUGCUUUUUUGUUGUGGUUCCAAAAAGGAAAAUUCAGCCUAAUCGUUUCUGUCUCAGGUCCUUUCUCCCCCCCGCCGUUGUGUUCUUCUAAUCGGAAAGGAUCUGCAACAAAAACCCACAAUUCUUGUGUUCUCCACAGUCAUUUUACCAAAGCGAAGCUGGAAGGAAAAUCAAACUUAUCAGUGCAUCUAAAUGCUCACUCCAGGAGCUUGGAACAGCAGACUUUGAAUUAUGUUGCUGACUUUUUCUUUUCUUUUUUUAAAGACACGUCUUUUCUUAGAAUAAAGUUAUUUAUUUUUUUUGUAAAUACAAUUCUCUAAAGUUAAAUAGAUCGAAAUUUACUUUGGUAUUUUUGUAAUGACUCAUGGAAAGAGCUUUCAGUAAAAACCUUUUUGUUUGGAGAACUGUCCUCAUUCUUUGUAAACUUGCAGAAAAUAACAGUAGGGUUGCAAUAUACAGAGGUGGAAGGUUUUGUCUCCCCAACAUGGGAAUACUGGACUUAUUGUAACUCCUUGGGUGUGUGGUUUAAUUUGGGUUUUGCAAGGUGAAAUAUGUGGGUUUUGUGGACAAUUGUAAGUUGCACUUCUGUGUUUAUGAAUAGGCUUAGGUAAUUCUGUGCUUUAAUAACGGUAAGUGGCCAUGGGGCUGCUUUUUCUAUGGUCUUCUGACAAAGGUAGCAAAGAUAAUUUGUUUUGAACCAAAGCUCUGAACUUUUUAGUGUCAUGCGAGGAACAGUCCCAUGAUAGCUGGAACAAACAAACAAAGAAAGCUAGGAAAUCCCCUUCUGUGGCAACACUGAGGUCAAAGUCACAUGAUUUCAAGAGCAUGUGAUCAGCAUGGGAGAUUCUAAUCAAAGGGGAAACCCAUUCUUAAAAGGGAAGCUGUUGGAAGGGGCCCUAACUCAGUGGGGCACAAGCUGGUCAUCCAAACCUCUUUUUCCCAAUUGGGCCUGCAUGAAACUUACAGCCAAGGCUGGAGACACAGGAUGCAAAUUGCAGCAUCCCAAGUGAAAGGGCGCAUGAGUGACCGGUUUCAUGUGGUGUGGCAAGGAGAAUGCUCCUCUUUUACCUCCAUUGUUCCAGGUUGAAGGCUGCCAGUACGUUUCCAAGCACAAUUCAAAGUGUUGGUGCUGACCUUUAAAGCCCUAAACGGCCUCGGCCCAGUAUACCUGAAGGAGCUUCUCCACCCCCAUCGUUGGACACUGAGGUCCAGCCCAGAGCGCCUUCUGGCGGUUCCCUCCCUGCGAGAAGUGAGGUUACAGGGAACCAGGCAGAGGGCCUUCUUGGUGGUGGCAUCCUAUCAGAUAUCAAGGAAAUAAACCACUAUCUGACUUUUAGAAGACAUCUGAAGGCAGCCCUGUUCAGGGAAGUUUUUAAUGUUUGAUGUUUUACUGUAUUUUUAAUAUUUUGUUGGAAGCCGCCCAGAGUGGCUGGGGAAACCCAGCCAGAUGGGUGGGGUAUAAAUAAUAAAUUAUUAUUACUGCAUUAAGACAUGAUAAAGGGGGGGGAGGUGGGCAGAUAGAGAGGAGAGCCUUCCCCAUCCUCUGUACGAAUGUGGCAAAAUAGCUUAUUUUCAG